CUCGGGUGGAGGGAUUGCGAGGAGGGAAAGCAAAACUACACGGCCUCUCUCUGUGUAGUUUUGUUUUUGUCAGGGAAUAUUUCGAGGCUCAACCGUUCUCACCUUGGAUUUUUCUGCACAAACCGUUCUGGAUAAGGGGGCUGUUGCCCGUUAGUCAGUCGGGCUCCGUCCCAUCACUUCCAGGCACUCUUGUGGAAACAAGGUGCCGACCACCAUGUCAACACAAGCGCCAACGUUUACACAGCCGCUGCAGAACGUCGUGGCACUGGAGGGUAGUGCCGCUUCGUUCGAGGCUCAAGUUAGUGGUUUUCCAGUUCCUGAGGUGAGCUGGUUCCGUGAUGGCCAGGUUCUUUCCGCCGCAGCUCUGCCCGGCGUCCAGAUCUCGUUCAGCGAUGGCCGCGCUGUUCUGAGGAUCUCCGCUGUGACCGCCGCACACAGCGGACGCUUUUCUGUCAGAGCCACCAAUGGCGCUGGACAAGCCACGAGCACCGCCGAGCUCCUGGUUACAGCGGAGACAGCGCCUCCCACCUUCCUUCAGAGGCUGCAGACCUCCACAGUGAGGCAGGGCAGCCAGGUGAGGCUGAACGUCAGAGUCACUGGCAUCCCCACGCCUGUAGUCAAGUUCUACAGGGAGGGAGCCGAGAUCCAGAGCUCUGCCGACUUUCGGAUCCUGCAGGACGGAGACCUGUACAGUCUGCUGAUUGCAGAGGCCUUCCCAGAGGACUCUGGGACGUAUUCUGCAACAGCCACCAACAGCAGUGGACGGGCCACGUCCACCUGCGAACUGCUGGUUCAAGGAGAAGAACCAGUUCCAGCAAAGAAAACCAAGACAGUGAUUUCAACCGCUCAGAUUUCACAGACCAGAAUCACAAGAGUGGAAAAGAAGAUGGAGUUUGAACUGACUCAGACACUUGGUCACAAGACUCCACCCAGAGUUCCACCCAAACCUUCGUCAAAGUCUCCCACCCAGCCCUCGCUGGUCCCCAAGGUGACCGGGGGGCGCCAACAGUCACCGUCACCUGUCAGACACGUGAAGGCACCCACGCCCACAACUGUCAGGCCGGUAAAGUCUCCCGUCACCACGAGGAAGCAGCCUGCCCCCACUGCUGAAGUCCCCCCGCCAUGGAAGAGGGGAGAUGAUGGCAUGAAACCAGUCACAGACUCCAAAGAGGCUGAGGGAGGGACAAAAGCUGGAGCGGUGGCCAAAGUAGUGGCCGCCGUUGACCUGGCUCGUAUUCGCCAACCCAUGCAUGUCGAAGGCGGUCGAGCUGAAGAGGUCGAGACUGUAGAGGCAGAAAUGAGGCAGCAGACAGUUGCUAUGUCUGCCGAUCAACAGUAUCAAAUUGGCUGGAUGUCAACGAGAAUGCAGGCUGGUCAAAUGCUCACUGCUGCUCAGGAGUUCACAUCUGACCUGCAGUCUCAGAUUCAGAGAGGAACAGAAAUCUCCUCCAGAGUGGAAACUGGUCUCACUCCAUCUCCAGUUCCACAAUUCAUGGUUUCUAAAGUUUCUGUCCCCAAACCAGAGUCUGUUGGGGAGGUGUCCAUCGCCGGCUCAGCUAUCGCCACUCUGCAGAAAGAGUUAUCCUCAUCUUCUUCUAGAAAGAUCAUCAAACCGGUCAAGUCUCCCAGUCCGUCUCUUAAAGUUGUUAGGACCAGUGAGAUGCUGGAGUCCAUCCCACCGCCGUUCAAAGAAUCCAUUGAGUCAUAUCGCUCUGGCACCCAGAUUCAGACGGGGGUCGCGUACAUGGUGGGAAUGGACAGAGUUUAUGAGGACUGGAGGACCAAGGUGCCAGAGGCAGCAGCUGUACCGUCUGCAGGUGGCGCUGUUGUCCCACCCACCUUGGUCUCUGGCUUGAAAAACACAAACGUGACAGAGGGUGAGUCGGUGACUCUGGAGUGUCAGAUCAGCAGUCAGCCGGCCCCCGUCAUAAUGUGGUUCAGGGAGGACUACAAGAUCGAGAGCUCCAUUGAUUUCCAGAUCAGUUACGCGAGCGGAUUUGCUCGGCUGGUGAUACGUGAGGCUUUCGCUGAAGACAGCGGUCGCUUCACUUGCACCGCCACCAACGAGGCCGGAACCAUCAGCACCUCCUGCUACCUGCUCGUCCAAGUGUCUGAGGACAUCGAGGGCAAGCAGGAGGUAGUUUCCACCGAAGUUACUCAAGUUACAGUAGAAGCUAAAGACGAGACCGAAGUGAGUGCGGUUGAGCCGGAUUCCCCUGCUGCUGCUCCCUUCUUCAUUAAGACACCCGUUGUUCAGAAGCUGGUGGAAGGAGGAAGCGUUGUGUUUCAGUGUCAGGUGGGCGGAAACCCCAAGCCUCAGAUUGUCUGGAAGAAGAGUGGCGUGCCGCUCACCACCGGAUACAGGUAUAAAGUUGCCUACAAGAAAGAGACCGGAGAGUGUAGAUUGGAGAUCUCGAUGACCUUUGCAGACGAUGCAGGAGAAUAUUCUGUCUUUGCCAAGAAUCAACUUGGCGAAGUCUCAGCGUCCAUCAGUCUUCUGGAGGAAGAGGAAUAUGAAGUGUACAUGAAGAAACAGGAAGUGACAGCUCCAGUGCAGGAGCCCAAACCUGGAGACAUUCCCCCCAUCACAGUGGAUACAAUGACCACCGUUAUCUCCGGACAGGAAUUCCAUUUGUCUGCCAUGGAGCUGAGAAUCAUUCAGGAGAUCGAGCUCACCAUCAUGAAGAUCACCUACAGAGAGAUUGUAACUGAGGACGGAGAGUUGAUGGUGACCGCCACUGCCACUGAGGCGGUGCAGCCAGCCUUCGACACUCCGGUCAAAAACUACAGAAUCAUGGAGGGAAUGAGCGUCACCUUCCACUGCAAGAUGUCUGGAAUGCCGCUCCCCAAGAUUGCUUGGUUCAAAAAUGGCCAGCGCAUCAGGCCCGGUGACCACUACCAGAUGGAGGUUCUCCAGGAUGGACGAGCCAGCCUCCGCCUAUCUAUGGUGCGACCAGAAGAUGAAGGCGUGUACACUGCCUUCGCCACCAACAUGAAAGGAAAUGCUGUCUGCUCAGGGAAGCUAUAUGUGGAGUCAUCUGCAGCCGCUCCUCAGAGAUACACACCACAACCUGCAGUGCAGAGGAUCAGAUCCACAUCACCUCGUUCUCUGAGCCGCUCUCCUGGCCGCUCACCUAGCCGUUCACCCGGACGAUCUCCCGCUCGUCGGCUUGAUGAGACUGACGAACAACAGCUGGAAAGACUUUACAAACCCGUAUUUGUCAUGAAACCUACUGCAUGUAAAUGCUCUGAGGGACAAACUGCCAGAUUUGACCUGAAGGUUGUUGGCCGACCAAUGCCUGACACCUAUUGGUUCCACAAUGGACAACAAAUUGUUAGUGACCACACCCAUAAGAUUGUGGUUAAAGAGGAUGGGACUCAGUCCCUGAUCAUUGUUCCAGCCAUGCCCCAUGACUCUGGAGAAUGGACAGUGGUGGCUCAGAACAGAGCCGGGCGCUCAUCCAUCUCCGUCACUCUCACAGUUGAUGCUAAGGAAACCUUGGUCCGUCCCCAGUUUACUGAGAAACUGAGGAACAUCAGUGUGAAAGAGGGCACUCUGGUUGAACUGGCUGUUAAAGCCAUUGGAAACCCACUGCCUGACAUCGUCUGGCUGAAAAACAGCGACAUCAUCACCCCACACAAGCACCCACACAUUAAGAUUGAAGGAACCAAAGGAGAGGCCAAAUUCCAAAUCCCCUCAGCAGGCGGACCAGACAGUGCAUGGUACACUGCCACAGCCAUCAACAAGGCUGGCAGAGACACCACCCGCUGCAGAGUCAAUGUUGAGGUUGAAUAUGUUGAGCCUGAACCAGAGAGGAAGCUCAUUAUUCCCAAAGGAACCUACAAAGCCAAAGAGAUCACCCCCCCAGAGCUGGAGCCUCUCCACAUGCGUUAUGGCCAAGAGCAGUGGGAGGAAGGCGACCUUUAUGACAAGGAGAAGCAACAGAAACCAUUGUUUAAGAAGAAGCUCACAUCUGUCCGAAUGAAGCGUUUUGGUCCAGCCCACUUUGAGUGCAGGCUGACUCCGAUUGGAGACCCCACCAUGGUGGUGGAGUGGCUGCAUGAUGGCAAGCCUCUGGCUGCUGCCAACAGGCUGCGUAUGGUCAAUGAGUUUGGCUACUGCAGCCUGGACUAUGAGGUUGCUUAUGCAAGAGACAGUGGUGUGAUCACCUGCAGAGCAACCAACAAGUUUGGAGUCGACCAGACCUCAGCUACCCUGAUUGUCAAGGAUGAGAAAGGCCUUGUUGAGGAAUCUCAGCUUCCUGAAGGCAGGAAGGGAGUUCAACGAAUUGAUGAAAUGGAACGACAGGCUCAUGAAGGUGGACCUUAUGGAGUAACUGCUGAAGAAGAAACAGAGAAAAUGAAACCUGAGAUUGUCCUUCUCCCUGAGCCUGUCAGGGUUAUGGAAGGUGACACAGCCAGAUUCCGCUGCAGAGUGACCGGCUACCCUGCUCCCAAGGUUAACUGGUACCUUAACGGACAACUCAUCCGCAAAAGCAAGAGAUACAGACUUCGCUAUGAUGGCAUUUACUACCUGGAGAUUACAGAUAUCAAAUCCUAUGAUUCAGGAGAGGUAAAAGUUAUAGCAGAUAACAACCUGGGUUCAGCUGAAUAUGUUGUGAAGUUGGAGAUUCAACAGAAGGAAGACUUCAGAACUCAUCUGCGCCGUGCUGCUGAGGGUAAAGCAAGUGAAGCUCCUGCUGAGUCAGGAAGAGUACCAUUUGAGGUGGUGAAGGCUGAGCAACCCACUGAGGACACUCAGCUGAAGGAGGUGGUCAAGCUUAAGAAAGCCCAGAGAAUUGUCCACGAAAAAGCCGUAGAAGAGUCUGAGGAACUGAGGAGCAAAUUUAAGCGCAGGACAGAGGAAGGCUAUUAUGAGUCCAUCACUGCUGUUGAGCUCAAGUCACGUAGGAGAGAUGAUUCUUAUGAAGAUCUGCUACGAAAGACAAAAGAGGAGCUUCUUCACCAUGCAAAGGAAAAGGAGGAGGCUGAGAAGAAGAAGGAGGAAGAGCGCCUCAAACUCACUGCAAAACCUCUGCAACCAGAAAGGAUCAAGCUUUCACCCAGCAUGGAAGCUCCUAAGAUCCUGGAGCGCAUCACCAGCCAGACAGUUGCACUGGGAGAUGAAGUCAAAUUCAGAGUCAGAGUUGUUGGUAGACCAGAUCCUGAGUGCCAGUGGUUCAAGAAUGGUGUUCAGUUGGAAAAAUCAGACCGCAUUAACUGGUUCUGGCCUGAAGACCAUGUGUGUGAACUUGUGAUCAGAAACGUGUCAGUCGAGGAUUCAGCUAGCAUCAUGGUUAAGGCAACCAACAAGGCUGGAGAGACAUCCAGCCACGCUUUCCUGCUGGUGCAAGCAAAACAAGUCAUCACUUUUACACAGAAGCUUGAGGAGCUCAAUGCCAAAGAGAAGGAUACCAUGGCUACAUUUGAGUGUGAAACUAAUGAGCCUUUUGUUAAGGUUAAAUGGCUCAAGAAUAACAUGCAGAUCUUCUCAGGAGAUAAAUACAGGAUGCACUCUGACAGAAAGGUCCACUUCCUGUCUGUGCUGAUUCUUGAAAUGAGGGAUAACGCAGAAUAUUCAUGCGUGGUUGUAGAUGAUGAGAACAUCAGAACCAGCGCCAAGCUCAAUGUUGAAGGAGCUCCUCUGGAGAUGGUGAAGCAGCUGGAGAACACCGAGGUGCCUGAGACAUACUCUGGAGAAUUUGAAUGUGUUGUAACUCGUGAAGAUGCUGAAGGCACCUGGUACUUUGAGGACAAGCUGCUCUCUCCCAGUGGUAAAUACGUCAUGAUCUCCCGCCGUGGAAGACACAGUCUGUCUGUGAAAGAUGUCAAGAAGGAAGAUCAGGGCAAAUAUACUUUCAAAGUGGGUGAAUUCACAACAACUGCCUCACUAAAGAUGAAAUUGCGUCCCGUCACCCUGGUUCAGCCUUUGACGGACCUAACUGUUUGCGAGGGUGAUAUUGCCCAGCUUGAGGUCAAGUUCUCACAAGAAAAUGUUGAAGGCAGCUGGAAGAAGAAUGGACAACCAAUUACAUCUUCUGACCGUGUGCACAUCGUUAUUGAUAAACAAGUCCACAAACUCCUGAUUGAAGAUGCUAUCAAGGAUGACUUUGGAUCAUAUUCAUUUGUAGCUCCUGAUCAUGAUAUCACAACCACUGCAAAGCUGUUGAUUCAGAGUAUUGGCAUCCUUGUGUCAUUAAAGGAUGCAUCUACCAUUGAAGGCACCAAAGCUGUCCUGGAGGCCAAGAUCUCUGCUCAGGAUGUUAGCUCUGUCAAGUGGUACCACAAUGACAAUUUGUUGGUGCCCAGUGACCGGGUCUGUAUGGUGGCAAAGGGAACCAAGCAGCGUUUGGUUUUCACCAGGACCUACGCUUCUGACGAGGGUCGCUACAAACUAGUUGUUGGCCGAGUGGACACCAGCUGCAAACUCUCUGUUGAGCCUGUGCAGAUCCUGAAGCCAAUGAAGGACAUGGAGUGCUCUGAAUCUGAGAACGUCUCCUUCGAAGUUGAGGUUUCCCACCCAGGUAUCGACCCCUAUUGGACCUUCAAGAACCAGCCACUCAAAGCCAGCGGCAGCCACAAGAUGGAAACCAAAAAUAAGCACCACACCCUGACAGUCAUCAACGCAAUGAAGGAUGAAGAGGGCGAGUACAUGUUCGCUGCUGGUGAGAAGACGUGCAGAGCUUCACUUACUGUGACAGGUGGUGCCAUCAAGAAACCUUUGCGAGAUCUGGUUGUAGCUGACUCCCAGACUGCUGUGCUGGAGUGUCAAGUCGCAAACCCAUCUGCUGAAGGAAAGUGGCUGAAGGAUGGACAGCCCGUCGAUUUCAGUGAGAAUGUGCUGAGUGAGGUGGACGGUGUCGUGAGACGUCUUGUCAUUGUUAUCACAAAAGCCACGGAUAUUGGAGAGUACACGUAUCAAGUGGCCACCUCCAAGACCACCGCCAGUCUGAAAGUUGAAGCUGUGAAAAUCAAGAAGACCCUGAAGAACCUGAAUGUGGUCGAGACUCAGGAGGGUGUAUUCAGUCUUGAGCUGACCCAUGAGAACGUCAGGGGAGCACAGUGGAUCAAGAAUGGUGUUGAGAUCCAGUCCAGUGAUAAAUUUGAGAUCAGUAUGGAGGGCACAGUUCACACACUGAAGAUCAACAACUGCUCCACACAAGAUGAAUCAGUUUACUCCUUCAAACUUGGAAAGCUGUCUGCAAACGCCAGACUUAAUGUUGAAACUCUUAAGAUCCUGAAGAAGCCAAAGGACGUGACAUCACUGCUGGGUGCAACAGCUAUGUUUGAAGUGGGCAUCUCUGAAGACAACAUCCCAGUUAAAUGGAUGUUCAAGAACACUGAGCUGAAGUCAAACGAGCACUACACCAUACUUUCUGAGAAAAGGACUCACAAAUUAGUCAUCCAGGAUGUGGACAGCAGCAAAGAGGGAGAAUACACUGCGGUGAUUGGUCACCUGCACUGCAGUGCUCAUCUCACUGUUGAGUCUCUGCGGGUAACCAAACCCCUUAAGAACGUAGAGGUCCCUGAAACCCAGGUGGCCACUUUCGAGUGUGAAGUUUCUCACUUCAACGUGCCGUCCACCUGGCUAAAGAACGGUGUCGAGAUUGAGAUGAGUGAGAAGUUCAGGAUUGUGGUUCAGGGGAAACUUCACCAGCUGAAGAUCAUGAACACCAGCAGGGAUGACUCUGCAGAGUACACCUUCGUCUGUGGGAAUGACCGAGUGUCAGCAACGCUCACUGUCAACCCUAUUCUGAUCACAACAAUGCUGGAGGACCUGAAUGCUCAGGAGAAAGACACCGUCACGUUUGAGGUGAACGUCAACUACGAGGGAAUCACUUACAAAUGGCUCAAGAACGGUGUGGAGAUCAAAUCCACAGACAGAUGCCAGGCUCGCUGCAAACAAUUCAAUCACACUCUGAGCCUCAGGAACGUCCACUUUGGAGACAGCGCUGAGUACACCUUCACAGCCGGGUCCGCAGCUACCAAAGCUAAACUCUAUGUGGAGGCUCGUGUGAUUGAAUUCACUAAACACCUGAAGGACCUGAAGAUCACAGAGAAGAAAAGGGCAACCUUUGAGUGUGAAGUUUCUGAGCCGAACGUCCAGGUGAUGUGGAUGAAGGACGGCCAGGAGCUGGAGAUGUCUGACAGGUACAAAAUGACCUCAGACAAGUUUGUGCAUCGUCUGGUUCUGCCGUCUGUCCGUAUGUCUGAUGCCGGCGAGUACACAGCCGUAGCCGGGGCGAGCAUGUCGGUUGGACACCUGGGAGUCGAGGGACGAGAUGUUAAAAUCUCUGAACCUGAAAGCAGAGACAUUACAGUGGUGGAGAAACAAAGAGCAACCUUUGAGUUUGAGGUAAACGAGGAUGAAGUGGAGGGUCACUGGCUGAGGAAUGGAGCAGAGAUUCACUUUGCAGAGGAAGAGAGGUUCAACUACGCCAUCAUCAGGAAACUGCAUCGCCUCACUAUCUCUGAGACAUUCAGGAGUGAUGCUGGAGAGUACACCUUCAUCGCCGGCAAAAACCGCAGCACCAUGAACCUUCACGUGAGAUUGCCAGAGCCGCCUCAGAUCGUACGCCACAUGCAGGCCCAGACGGUGGUGUCGGGUCGGUCUGUGCGCUUCUCGGCGCAGGUGAGCGGCCUUCCUCAGCCUCAGGUGACCUGGUACAAAGACUCCCAGCUUCUGUCCACAAGCUACAAAUGCAAGUUCCUCCACGACGGAGAUGAGCACACACUUCUUCUGCUGGAGGUCUUCCCCGAGGACGCCGCCGUCUACAGCUGUGAGGCCAAGAACGACUACGGAGAGGCAACAAGCUCCGCCCCUCUCACUGUGGAAGUUCCUGAGGUGAUUGAAACCAUUCGGAUUUCUCCUCCGGUUCUGAUCACUCCUAUGAGGGACAUUCUGGUCUCAGAAGGACAUCCUGCCCAGCUGAAGUGCCUUGUCUCUGGGGAAGAUCUGCAGAUUUCUUGGUUCUGUAAUGACAAAGAGAUCCGGCAGUCUGACAUCUUCAGGAUGUCUCAUUUGGAUGAAACCUGCCUGCUGGAGAUUUCCAAAGUCCUCCCUUCACAUGAGGGAGAGUAUUCGUGCAUUGCCACAAACAUAGCAGGAAUGGUCACAUGUUCUGCCACUUUGAACCUUGAUGAGGGUUUCAGCUCUCUGUCGAUGGGUCAAACAACCCACAGUUUUGAGUUUUCCGAGGUUGUCUCUGAAGCUUCCUCCAUGUCUUUGAGGACGUUUGAGAUUCAGAUGGAGAGUGUAACCUCAGUGGAGAUGAGCUCUCGAAGCCUCUUUGAUUUGAAACUCUCAGCCAGCCCCCAGCUGCUGAUGGAAAUGAGCGACAUCAGAGUGAAAAGUGGUGAGAUGGCUGAGUUCAGCUGCUCGUUCGAUGGACAGCCCUUCACUGGAGUGGUAUGGGAUCAUAACGGUCAGAACUUGUUGGACACGGACCGGGUAAGGAGCUCUCAGAGUGGGGGCCUGUUGUCUCUGGUCAUCCACAGUGUCGACAUGGCCGAUCAGGGAAUAUACUGCUGCACAGCUACCAACCAACACGGUCAAAACAGUUCUUCUGCCAGACUCACAGUUGAAGCUAAAGAAGCAAACCUCAAAGCAGACACCCCCAUCCCCACCGAUUCUGUUCGUAAAGUGUCUCAACCAGAAAGGGAAAGCUCUAGAGAUCUUUCUGAGCAAGAGAAGCAGGAGUCCAAGACGAAGCUCCAGUCUUUGCCUAAAUCCUCCCAGAGACCGUACCACCUCAUCAGCCAGUUGUAUUUCCCAGAUGUCAUGCCUCAAGAUGAGCGGAGUCAACGCCUCUCCAACAGCCCAGAGUUUCUGAUCAAACUCCCCCCUGAGUUGCUGAUCCAAAACAAAGACAGUAACUCCCUGUACUGCAUUAUGAAAGGCCUUCCCACUUCACUUGUCAUUUGGCUUUACAACCGUCUGAAUGUCAAGGAUUCUGUUUGGUACUCUCUGAAACAAGACAGCUCUUUUUGCUGUGUAAAUGCUAAUAAUGUGGGAGCCAGACCAGGGGGCUCUCACUAUUUCAAAAAUCUAACCUCAGCUGGGGAUGCUGAGUGCAGCACAGUGAUGAAAGUAACCGAAGUGGAGAAGGAACCAGUGGUAAAGGAGGACGUUAAAGCCUUUUCUAGCUCAACGAUCACAGUGGAAGAGGAAACCCAGGAGUCAUACUACACUGGCUUAAAAUUACCCGACAAAACCAGAACACUUGAACUCAAACCAGAAACUAAGCGUUUCUCCAGCUCUUUGGAGAGGAAAAAAGAAAAACCUGUUUUCCUUAGCAAACUUUCUUCAGCAGCCGCAAUUGUUGGAGAAACUUUUGCCUUUACUGUCAAAGUGUCCGGAUUCCCAAAGCCCUCUGUUCAAUGGUUCCACAAUGGACAGAUAAUAACCAGUUCAUCAGUUUAUACAUUUAUUCAUGAACAAGAUGAGUACAGUUUAGUUAUUAACAAAGUUCAAAGGGAAUUUGAGGGAGAGUACUCCUGUACAGUCAGCAACAGGUUUGGCCAGUCAACUUGUUCUUCUUAUCUUCAUGUUCAGCUAAAGGAGCCAGAGCGAGAGAAAAAGGUUGAUGACAAAGCACCUGCAGCAACUGGUCAACCUCCAAAGUUCAUGAAAGCUAUAGAGUCAGUUCAGUUAUCAGAGGGUGGGCAGUGUUUUUUCAGGUAUGUGCUGACUGGAGAACCACUCCCUGAUGUUCAGUGGUUAAAAGGAAGCAUCCAGAUUGAGCCUGCUGGCUUUAACAUGAUGGUGAACAACCCAGAUGGAUCAGGCUUUUUCAGUAUUAUGAGUGUUAAGCAAGAACAUAGUGGUAUCUACACAUGUAAGGCUUUCAACCCAUAUGGGGAAGACUCUUGUAGUGCUGAGCUAUUGUUCAUUCAAAAAACUAAAGGCUUGAAGAUAUCACUAACCGAGCAAAGCACAGAGUCUCGGGUGUACCAUGAAAGAAGCCGGUCUGAUCAGAUGAUUUAUACCAUUAGUACUGAAGACCGGCAGAUUAUUCCUAGUGAGGAGGUGGAAACCCUCCAAGAGCUGAAUAUCUCUGCUGCUACUCUUCAAAAAGAGCAACUGACCCACCAAGCUGCCCUUCUGCAGUCUCAUGAAAUUCAUGAGAGUGUUUCCUUGACCCCAGCCCAUCCCCCGGAGGUCUUGGCUGUUCCAACAAAGCAACUUCCCAAGGAAUCUUUCUUAUCUUCAGUCCAGGAGAGACAAAAGAUAACAGAGCAGCACUCAGAGAGAAUUCUGAGUCCUGAGGUUGUUGAACUGGAGUUCUCAAAAGAACAACAAUCUAAAAUCAUGUCAGCUACAUCUGAGGAGGUCCUUUCCCUGAACACUGUGAGAGCUGAGCCUUUGACGGACCGGACUCCAGAGCACAUGCAGACCACAACUGAGCCCAAGCAGCUUGUCAGCAGCUACCAAGUGGAAUCUGCUUUACCCAUUCUUGCUGAUGUGUCAGAUGCUGUAGAAAGACCAGAGGAGGAGAGAGGUUUUAGAGUUCAAGAGGGGGUUAAGAUUUUAUACUCUGCUCAAUCUGCUGAGCAGUUGUUGCUUACAGAAACACACUCUGAGGCUCUGCUAGCUUUAGACCCUGCCGUUAAACCACAACUUGAAAAGGAACAAUCUAAACCAGUGCUAGCACCAGUGAGUGAAACUAGGGUGGCUCUAUCUAAAGAGCAGAAAUAUGAAACACAGAUACCGGAGCAAGAAAGCAUCCAGCCAAGUAAAGAUAAGAUAUGUAAAUCUUCCAUAGUAACUGAGGAGAAAUAUCAGGUUCAGGGUGAACAGACAGUACAAGUGGCACCUCUAGAGACUCCUAUAUGUCUGCAGACUAGUUGCGAGGAUAAACGAGUUUUGAAUUUGCAAGUUAUCACUGAUCAGGGUGUUUUAGAGUCUGAGGGAAGACUCAGCAGUGAAAAGCCCCCAAUGGAGCUGGCAGACAUGGCUAAGAACCCAACUUUGCUGUACUCAGUGACUCAAGAAGAACAGAGGACUGUGGUAUGUGAGGCAACUUCAGAGUUCACAGCAGAACCCGACUAUGCAUCUGUUCAGCCAAAGAAAGAGCAAUCACAGCCAAGAUACCUUCAGUCAAGCCAUUCUGUAUCAGUUUUACCAAAGGAAGGCAUCAUUGCCUUUACUAAACCUGAUCAGCAGGUGGCAUUACCAAAACAGGAGCGGGCUCAAAGCCAUGCUGCAUCCUCGGAGACACAAAGAGAGAUCAUAGCAGAGUAUCAUAAAGACCUCAGUGUAUCUGUGGAUGGGAUUAAGGCACAAUAUCAGACUGAAUCUAGACCUCCAAACAUUCUUGGUGUGUCCUCCCAGCCCCUGCACCUUCCAAAGGAGACCCCUUUCACUGAAAGCUUGAGAGAGCAGCGAGCAUUAGUUCAGAGAGAGGAUCAGUGGAAUAUUAUGCAAUCCUUGAAUGUCGCAGACACUCAGGUUUUAGAGGAGGGUCACACUGCCAGUCUUCACGCUGAUGAGAAAUUCAAGCCUGAAUCAAAAGUUGAACCCAAGAUCCCAAAGAGACCUGUAUUCAUAGAAGAAAAGGCAGUGGCAACUGAAAGAUGCACCAUCUUAGAGGCUGCUGAGCAGGAUUUUGCGGUACAGAUCCAGGAGGGACAAUCAGUCCGGCAGUCAGUGAUGCUAGAAGAAAAGCGGGUCCUCCUGGUCGAACAAUCAAGCGGGAUACAUAAACCAGAAGCUUCCACUGUCAGUGUUAAGACACAACCUAAAGGUGUUGUUUUUAUUCAUGAGUCUCAGGGUGCUCAUGCUCUACCUAAAGAACUCAACUUUGUUCUUAAUAUCCCAAAACCAUCACGUAUGACUAUUCGGCGUCAGCUUAGAGAAGCUCUUCAGUCUGCUGUGGCCAGUGAUCAACCAGUCUUACUAGCAGAAGUGGUGGGAAAGUUAGAAACAGUGGAGAUACAGGAGGUCAAAGUUCAACGAGAGCCCAAACGGACCACAUUCACAUAUCUGAUCACAUCGCCUGGUGUCCCACUGGAGAUCACACUGUCCUUCCAAGGAGAAUAUCCUCAGAAAGCUGAUCUUAAGUCUGAGCUGCAUGUAGCUCUACGGGCUAUGGUUUUCCAGGAGCAGCAAAGUCUUUUGUCAGAACAGCAAGGCAUAUUGCCAAUUGACAUACCUCAGAAGGCUCAGAUCAGCUCAAUACCCUCUAAAGAGAUGUUGUCAACCAUGAUGGACUCAGUGGUAGUGGCAGAGAGUGUUGUUGGGUUUCCUCCAGAUGCAUCUCAUUCUGCAGAAGUCAGAACUGAAUUGAUGGGUUCUUUCCAAAGUGCAACAAUCCAAAGCCACGCUGAGGAAUCCAGGAAAGUGAGUCGGACAGAAUUUACAUCAGAGAGGGACAUUACUGAAGUAACCACCUUGUCAGCUGUAGAGCAGGUUCCUGUGGUACAGGUGGACACUUUUGUUCACAGAGAAACCAGAGAGGAGUAUCUUUCAGAGGCCAUCCUAAUCAGCGAGUCCUCUGGCAGCCUUAUUGAUUAUCCAGUUAUUAUUGAGUCUCUGGAGGAUGUUUGUGCUGAAAUAAGUGAUAAAGUUGUUUUUACCACUACUAUCAAGUAUGCCACCAAGGUUAACUGGUUUUUCAAUGGCCAGCUAGUGAAAUCUGGUAAAGAGUUCAAGUGUUCUGAAGACCGUGACACAUACACACUAAUUGUCAACAAAGUUGUCAAGGAGAGGCAUCAAGGAGAAUAUGUCUGUGAGGCUGAAAAUGAAGUCGGCAGGACUACAACAUCUUCAAGGCUCACUGUGGUCUCAAAAGUGAAACCUGUGUUCAAACACAGAAUUGUUCCUCUGGAGAUCAACAUCGGCAUUUCUGCCAGAUUUGAAUGUGGUACAGAGGAUGCUCCAAAUGUGAACUUCAAGUGGUUCAAAGAUGGUCACCUCAUCAAAGAGGGUGAUAGGUACAGGAUUAUCAGUCGCUUCACUGCUUCCUCUCUGGAAAUUCUGAGCCCAUCAAAGGAUGACAGUGGAGAGUACACCUGUAAGGCAUCCAAUCAACAUGGCAGUGACGAAUGCUCUGCUUCUCUCAGUGUGACGGAACCUCCAUCGUUCAUUAAGGAUUCACCCUCCAUAGAAGCAGUGAGAGGAUCAAUAGCUGUGUUGGAUUGCGAGAUUGCAGGUUCUGCACCAUUUGAAGUAACUUGGAAAAAGAACAAGAAACGCUUGUCCUCAGAUAAAAAGUACAGAGUAGUGUCACAAGGAUCACUGACCUCUCUGGAGAUCCACACAUUUGAGAGCACUGAUGCCGGUGAAUAUGAAUGUGUUGUUUCAAAUGAGGUUGGCUCAGUGACCUCUAACUCGGUGGUCAAACAGAAAGAACCAGCUAAGAUCAUAGAGAAAGCAGCGUCCAUCAGUGUUACAGUUGGCGAAAUGGCUAUGCUUGAGUGCACCAUCUCUGGAAGCCCUGAGCUCAAAGUCAGAUGGUUCAAAGAUGGCAAAGAGAUGAUUAGCGGUCGUAAAUAUAAGAUGACUCUGAAGGAGAACACUGCUGUUCUGAAGAUACUUUCAGCAGAUAAAGGAGACACUUCAGAGUACAAGAUGGAGGUGUCCAAUAAAGUCGGAAAAGACGAGUGCACAUGCUCGGUCACAGUAAUAGUGCCAGUCCACUUUGUGAAGAAGCUGAGAGAUAUCUCUUCCGAGAAGGGUAAGCCCCUGAGGCUUGAGGUCACUUUCUCAGGAACACCCAGGGUAAAUGUGACCUGGAAGAAGGAUGGGAAACUCAUCUGGGCCUCAUAUGAGUACACGGUGAUCACCACAGACACCUCCUGCAUACUAGAGGUUCUUAACUCUGACAGAAUGGAAGCAGCUGGCACAUACUCUUGCGAAGUAGACAACGGAGUAGGAAGUGACAAAUGUGAAGCACACAUUUCAAUUCUAGAGCCCGUGUGCUUUAUCAAGAAGCUGGAAGACACAACUUUCGUGGUUGGGCAGCCGCUGAAACUAGUCUGCACAUACACUGGGAGCCAGAGGGUGUAUGUGACGUGGAAAAAGGACAACAAACUGAUCUGGGCCUCUUAUCAGUACAACAUUAAAACCACCGACUCUACCUGCAUUCUGGAGGUUCUGAACAGUGACAGGCCUGAAGCAGCAGGAACAUACACUUGUGAGAUUUCAAAUGGAGCUGGAAGUGGCGUUUGCCAUGCACAUACAUUACCCCUCUCAGAACCCCCUCGCUUUGUGAACAAGCUGGAAGACACAUAUUUCAGACUCCGGGAGCCUUUGACCCUGAAGUGCACAUACAUUGGGAGUCAGAGGAUACAUGUGACCUGGAAAAAAGAUGACAAGUUAAUCUGGGCCUCAUACAAGUACAACGUCAAGACUUCUUGUGAUACAUGUAUCUUGGAAGUCCUCAACAGUGAUCGAAUAGAAGCUGUGGGAAGAUACACAUGUGAAAUUUCUAAUGCAGCAGGAAGCGAUGUCUGCCAUGCUAAUGUGAAUGAUUUCUUAGAACCUGUUCGGUUUGUGAAAAAGCUGAGAAACACCUUCUAUAAAAUUGGCCACUCUUUGACACUGGAGUGUACAUUCAGGGGCAGUCAGAGGAUUUAUGUCAGCUGGAUGAAGGACGGCAAACCUAUCUGGGCUUCAUAUAAAUACAACACCACAGACUGCAGCUGUGUGCUGGAAGUUCUCAACAACGAUAGAGAAGAGGCUCGUGGGAGAUACACGUAUGAAAUUUCCAACAGUGAAGGCUCAGAUAUCUGCCAUGCUUAUGUCAAACUAGAACCUGUACGGUUUACAAAGAAACUAGAGGACGUCACUCAUCAGUUGGGCAACCCCUUGAGACUGGAUUGCACCUUCACCGGAAGCCAAAGGCUUCACGUCACAUGGAAGAAGGAUGACAAGCUGAUCUGGGCCUCUUACCUAUACAAUGUGAAAACUACAGAUUCGUCCUGUGCUCUGGAAGUCCUUAACAACCACAGACUCGCUGCUGCAGGGAAAUACACUUGUGAAAUUUCCAAUGCAGAAGGAACUGACACAUGUCACGCUCAUGUUAAAAUAGGCACAGAACGUAAAGUACCUCCAAACUUCACUAAGAGGCCGUCUGAGUCCAUCGUGGAUUCAGCUGGUAAGGUAGUAAAGAUGGAGGCUCGGGUGUCCGGUUCCCAGCCACUGACCAUCACCUGGUACAAGGACAACCAAGAGACCUAUGCCUCUGGAAAAUAUGACAUCAGCUUCAAGAACAACAUGGCUGUGAUGUGUAUCAGAGACUCUGCGGUUUCUGACAGCAGUGUCUACACCUGUGAGGCUUCCAACGAAGCAGGGAAAGUGUCAUGUCAGGUGUCCCUCACGGUUUCAGAAACUGGUCAGCCUCCUAAAUUUGACGUCCCUCUGGAACCGGUCACAGUGAACGAGGGGGAGAAGCUGAGCCUCAAAUGCCAUGUUAGAGGCUCCUCUCCUCUGACCAUCCAGUGGAUGAAGGACAGGAGGGAGCUGAAGUCCAGUGAUAAAACCAAAAUCACAUUUGUUGGUGGGACGGCCUCCCUGGAGGUCAGCUCUGCAUCAAAGGCAGAUGCAGGGGAUUAUCUGUGCAAAGCCAGCAAUGCAGUCGGUAGUGACUUCUGCAAGUCCAAGGUCACUGUGAAGGACAAAGGAGCCAAGCCUUCACCCACCGAGGCACCAACCCCUGCUGCAGCUGCCCCAGUCAAAAAGCUUGACAACCUUUUCUUCAUUGAGGAACCGAAAAACAUUUCAGUCACAGAGAAGGGCACUGCAACCUUCAUCGCCAAGAUUGGAGGUGAUCCAAUCCCCAGCGUGAAGUGGAUGAAGGGCAAAUGGAGACAGAUCACCCCUGGUGGCCGUAUCUCCAUCGAGCACAAGGGCCAGGAUGCCAAACUGGAGAUCAGAGAGGUGACCAAGUCCGACUCUGGUCUCUACAGGUGUGUCGCCACUAACAAACAUGGAGAGAUCGAGUCCAGCGCUGACAUGGCAGUCACCAAAAAGGAAGAAGGGGAAGGAAUUGGAGAUAUCAGAACAAAACUUAAGAAAACUCCCUCCAAGCAAAAGAGCCCAAAGAAACUUGAAAACAUCAGUAUUGUUGACUUGCUCCGAGGUCAUGACCCUAAGGACUAUGAGAGGAUCCUCCGGGAACAUGGAAUCCAUGACUACAGGGCCAUCCUGCAGGCUGUGGAGUUCCUGAAGAGGGAGAAGGAGAUGGAAACUGGAAAAGCGGGGGUGGAACAUGGUGGUCGGGUUGAAGAGGAGGACAUGGCCAGACUAAUCCAGCAGCUGGAGGGACGUGUCGACACAGAGCCUGUGUCUGUGAUGGAAGACAUAUCUGACCAGACAACCACAGAGAACCAAACAGCAACGUUUGAGUGCGAGAUCCAGAUCAACUACCCAGAGAUCUCUCUGACCUGGUACAAGGGAACGCAGAAGCUGGAAAACAGUGAUAAAUACGAGAUCAGCAGUGUGGGCGACCGCCACUAUCUGAAGAUUAGGAACUGCCAGGUCAAAGAUGAGGGAAACUUCCGUGUGGUGUGUGGUCCUCACAUCUCCAACGCCAAACUCACCGUAACAGCCGACCAAAUUCAGUUUACUAAACGCAUCCGAAACAUCGAAGUCAGCGAACGUCACUCCGCCACCUUCGAGUGUGAGUUGUCCUUUGACAACGCAACCGUUACGUGGUACAAAGACUCGUGGGAGCUCAAAGAAAGCCCCAAAUAUAACUUCAGGACAGAAGGCCAACGGCACUUUAUGACGAUCCGCAACGUGACAGUAGAGGACGAAGGCGUUUACUCCGUGAUCGCUCGCCUGGAGCCAAUGGGAGAAGCUCGAAGCACCGCCGAGCUUUACCUCUCAGGCAAAGACGUUGUGUUAGGAAAGGUUCCUCAGGACUUCCCAGAUUCGUCAAUUCAGCUCCCAGACAUGGGUUCCAUGAUCAUUUCCCAUGAAUCCUCCGAAUUUUAUCACCACGAGGAACGAUCUGAAGUCAAAGAGUUUAAGAGUCUGACGGUUGAAGAAGAAACGGUUUCGGUUCGGUACUCCUCCGUCUCAGAAGAGAAAAAAGCUGUGGAAGAAUAUGUUGGCCGUACUGAAGUCAGAGAGGAAAUCACUUCAGCUCCAGUUGCACCAGUGGAGAAGAAACCUUCUGAGCCCGGUGUAAAGGCUGAACCUACCACCGUUUCAGAAAGAAUUUCUCCACCUGAAGACAAGGAACCAGUUUCAGCUCCUGGACCAACUAAAGAUGGAAAACCAAGUGACGAACCUUCGAAAGGAAGAGGCAGAGGAUUUGGGGCAAGACAAACUCCCUCUCCUGGUGAUGGUGGAAAGGGUCGGGGCAUGAAACCCGGUGGAAAAGGUCCAUCACCACCAGAGGAACCAUUUGCAGGCUUCAAGCUCAAACCUGUGGCUUUGAAGUUUGUGAAGAAGAUUCAAGACAUUGUGCUGCAGGAGGCCGAGUCCAUCGGCUCAUCGGCCGUGUUUGAGUGUGAGGUUACACCCUCUACGGCCGUCACAUCCUGGAUGAAGGAUGACAGCAACCUGCGUGAGAGUCCCAAGCAUAAGUUCACCUCUGAUGGCAAAGAUCGGAAGCUGCACAUCAUUGAUGUCCAGCUGUCCGACACUGGAGAAUACACCUGUGUGGCCAAAAAUGCUGGAAAGGAGAUUACCUGCACUGCUAAGCUCAUAGUUGAGGAGCUCCCUGUAAAAUGGCUGAAGGAGUUGGAACCUGAGACCUCAUGCAUGAAAGGUCAACCAAUGUACCUGAUCUGUGAGCUGAACAAAGAAAGAGACGUGGUGUGGAAGCUUAACGGAGAGCUUCUGAAGAAAAAGGCUGGAAAAGUAGCCAUUAAUGUGAUUGGUAUGCAGCACGCUGUGACCAUCCAGAACGUCACUGAUGAGGAUGCAGGCCUCUACACCUGUGAAGUAGAUGGUCAGGCAGACGUCAAAACUUCAACCACCGUCAAAGUGAUUGAAGUCAUCAAAGACUGGCUGGUAAAGCCUCUAAGGGACCAGCAUGUGAAACCAAAGUCCAAGGCCACAUUCAAAUGCGAGCUGUUCAAAGACACUCCCAAUUGGAAAUGGUACAAAGGCGAGAACGAACUCCCUCCUUCUGACAAAGUUGAGAUCAACAAAGAUGGAAAGGACAUGACGCUCACCAUCAACAACUGCCAACCUGACGAUGUGUCAGAUUACACCAUCGAAGUUGAAAAUCGAAGAUACACAGCCAAACUCACACUGGGAGAGCGUGAAGCUGACAUCCUGAAACCUCUUGCCAGUGCUGAGGUGGUUGAGAAGGAGGAAGCUCACUUCGAUACUGAAAUAUCUGAGCAGGAUAUUCCUGGUGAAUGGAAACUCAGAGGCCAGGUGCUGACCAGGUCUCCGACAUGUGACAUUAAAGCAGAGGCCGGAAAGCGCUUCCUUACACUGAAGAAUGUGCAGCUGGAUCAGGCUGGAGAAGUGUCGUACCAGGCUCUGAAUGCUGUCACCAGUGCCAUGCUCACUGUUAAAGAGAUCGAAAUGGGCUUUGUUGAAACGCUGAAGGAUGUAUCUGUGCCCGAAAAGAAACAGGCUAAGUUUGAAUGCACCAUCACUAAGGAUAUACCAAAGGUCAUGUGGUUUAAGGGGGUUGAAAUCAUCACCCCCAGCCCCAAAUAUGAAGUAAUUGAUGAUGGAAAGAAACACAUGCUGAUUGUAAACAGCUGUGAGUUUGAUGAUGAGUCUCAGUAUUCGAUAGAGGUAUUGGACAAAAGGUCAACAGCUCAGCUGACGGUGGAAGGCAUGAGGCUCAAAUUUGUGCAGCAACUUAAGGACCAAACAAUCAAAGAAGGUAACUCGGUGCGCUUUGAUAUCGAGUUGACUCACGAGAACGUGCCGGUGGUUUGGUACCGAAACGAAGUCAAACUCCACGUGAGUCGAACGGUGCUCAUGCACGUGGAAGGAAGGAGACACACUCUAGAAAUGAGGAGUUUGAGUCUAGAUGAUACCUGCCAGAUAAAGGCAGAAGCCAAGGGAAUUUACUCCUCAGCCAAACUGACGGUCAUAGAGGGAGAUGCCGUCUUCCUGGUGAAGCUGCGGGAUUACACUGCCACCGAGAAAGACGAGGUGUCGCUGGACUGCGAGCUCAGCAAAGACGUUCCUGUGGUCUGGUAUCACAAUGAGAAGGAAGUCGUUGCCUCCAAGUUGUUGGUCAUGAAGUCAGAAGGCACCCGCAGAUCUCUGGUCCUGAAGAAAGUGGCGCAAAAUGAUCAAGGGAAAUACGUAUGUGACUGUGGAACAGACAAAACAUCGGCCAACAUAAUGAUUGAAGCACGUGACGUUAAGGUUGUGCGGCCGAUUUACGGCGUGGAGCUGUUUGAUGGUGAGACAGCUCGUUUCGAGGUUGAGAUCUCUGAGGACGACGUACACGGGCAGUGGAAGCUGAACGGAGAAGCGCUCAACCCUUCCUCUGAUGUGGACAUCAUAGAGGAAGGAGGCAAACACACUCUGAUCCUGUACAACUGCAAGGUGUCCAUGACCGGAGAGGUGUCUUACUCUGCAGCCAAUGCCAAAUGCUCUGCCAACCUGAAGGUCAAAGAACUUCCUCUGAACUUCCUUACACCGCUGAGCGACGUUCAGGUGUAUGAGAAGGAUGAGGCCCGGUUCGAGGUGGAGGUGUCGAGACCUCCAAAGAGCUUCCGCUGGCUCAAAGGCUCCCAGGAGCUGACGGGCGACGACAAGUACGAGAUGAUACAGGAGGGCAAUGUGUACGUUCUGGUGAUCCGAUCGGCGGCCUUUGACGAUGAGGCCAAGUACAUGUUUGAGGCAGAGGACAAGAGGACCACCGGCAAACUUGUUAUUCAGGGUAUUCGCUUGGAGUUUGCCAAACCCAUUAAGGACGUAACGGUGAAAGAGAGAGAAACAGCAGAGUUCAGCGUUGAACUGUCUCAUGAAAACAUCUCAGUGGUUUGGUACAAAAACGACGUCCGGCUGCUUCCCAGUAAGGUGGUCCAUAUGUCGGAUCAGGGAAAAGUCCACACUCUGGCCUUCAAGGAGGUGACGAUCGACGACACCUCUAUGAUCAAGGUGGAGGGCAUGGACAAGAGCAUGACAGCCAUGCUCACUGUCAUCGAGGGUGACUUGUACUUCACCACCAAGCUGCAGAACUACACUGCUGUGGAGAAGGACGAGGUGAAGCUGGUCUGUGAACUUAGCAAAGCCGUUGCUGAUGUGAAAUGGUUUAAGGACGGGAAGGAGAUCACUCCAUCCAAGAACAUCGCCAUCAGCACCGAUGGAAAGAAGAGAAUCCUGAUGGUCCGGAAGGCAGAGAAGGCCAACAUUGGAGAGUAUACCUGCGACUGUGGCUCAGACAAAACCACAGCAAACCUGAACAUUGAAGAGCGUGAUAUCAAGGUUGUCCGUCCCCUGUACAGCGUGGAGGUCACUGAGACAGAGACAGCCAGGUUUGAAACUGAGAUUUCCGAGGAGGAUGUCCACGGAAACUGGAAACUGAAGGGAGAAGCUCUGCACCAGUCUGCGGACGUGGAGAUUAAAGAGGAAGGAACCAAACACAUGCUGAUCCUCUAUAAUGUCCGUAUGGACAUGGCCGGAGCUGUUGACUUCUCUGCAGCCAAUGCCAAAUCCAACGCUCAGCUCAGGGUCAAAGCUCGCUCCAUCACGCAGAUACGUCCACUGAAGGAUGUGACAGUGACAGCCGGAGAGACAGCUACCUUCGAGUGUGAGCUCUCAUAUGAAGGCAUCGAAGUGGAGUGGUUCGUUGGAGGACAGAAGAUGGAAGCCAGCGACCGGGUAAAGACUCGAGUUACAGGAAGAGUUCACACUCUGACUGUCCGAGAUGUGAAACUGUCAGAGGCUGGGGAGGUCAAAGUGACUGCCAAAGAUUUCCUGACUCAAGCUCAGCUCUUUGUUGGAGAGCCACCAGUAGAGUUCACAAAGCCUCUGGAAGACCAGACAGUGGAGGAAGAGGCCACCGCCACGCUGGAGUGUGAAGUCUCAAGAGAGAACGCCGAAGUGCGCUGGUUGAGGGAGGGUCAAGAAAUCAGAAAGACCAAGAAGUAUGACACCAUUGCUGAUGGACGCAAGAGAGCACUUAUCAUUCAUGACUGCUCUCCAGAUGAUGCCAAAAUGUACACAUGUGAUGCUAAAGAGUUCAAAACUUCAUGCUUCCUGGAGGUUACACCUCCUUAUGUGGAGUUUACAAAACCACUACAGGAUGUGGAAGUCAGAGAGAAAGAAUCAGCCAGGUUUGAGUGUGAAGUCUCCCGCGAGUCUGCCAAGGUUCGCUGGUUUAAGGACGGCAGCGAGAUCAGGAAGGGAAAGAAGUAUGAAAUCAUUGCUAAAGGAGUGCAGAGAAUCCUCAUCAUCCACAAGUCAGUGUUUGACGAUGAGGCAGAGUACGAAUGUGAUGCCAGAACCUUCAAGACGUCUGGCAUGCUCACUGUCAUUGAGGAAGCAGCCACAUUCACCAAGAACCUGUCCAAUGUGGAGGGAACUGAGACAGACAGCGUAAAGAUGAUCUGUGAAGUUUCCAAGGCCAGUGCUGAGGUUACCUGGUACAGAGGAGAUGAAGAACUGCCAGAGGGCGGACGCUACGAUCAGAUCAUGGACGGUCGCAGGAGGAUCUUGAUCAUCCAGGACCUGAGGAUGGAAGAUGCUGGAGAGUACAACUGCAGACUGAGCCCGACUGUCAGAACAUCUGCUACCCUAAAACUCAAUGAACUGGCAGCGGAGUUCAUCUCUCGUCCUCAGAACCAGGAAGUGGUAGAGGGUGAGCAGGCUGAGUUCUCCUGCACAGUGUCCAAAGACACCUAUGAGGUGAAGUGGUUCAGAGGUGAACGAGAGAUCCAAGCUGGAGACAAAUACACAAUCAUUAGUGAAGGAAAGAGAAGGGCUCUGAUUGUGAAAAAAUGUGACCUGAAGGAUGAGGGUGGUUAUGUUGCUCACAUCGGCAGCGUUAAAGCUCCUGCUGAUCUCUGUGUGAUAGAAAAACUGAGGAUCGUUACACCAAUUAAAGACACAGAGGUGAAGGAAGGAAGCGAGAUUGUGUUUAACUGUGAGACCAAUACUGAGGGAGGCAAGGCCAAGUGGCUAAAGAAUGAGGAGACCAUUUUUGAAAGCAGCAAGUACAUGAUGGUUCAGAGAGACAACGUCUUCUCUCUGAGGAUCAAAGAUGCCCAGAAGGCAGAUGAGGCCACCUAUACUGUCUCUCUGACUAACAACAGAGGAGAACAGGCCAAGUGCUCUGCCAGCGCUAAAGUUGCAGAGGAAAAACUCAAAUUCCUGGAGCCCAUUGAAGACAUUGAGACUCAGGAGAAGAAGACUAUCAGCUUUGUUUGUAAAGUGAACCGGUCUGAGGUGACCGUAAGAUGGAUGAAGGCCGGCCAGGAGGUGACACUCAGCAAACGCAUUGUCUACAGAGCUGAUGGACUCAAACACACCCUGACUAUUAAAGACUGUGCCAUGGAAGAUGAGGGCGAGUACACUGCCAUGGUUGGAGAUGACAAGUGUGCUGCUGAGCUGAUUAUUAGCGAGGCGCCAACUGACUUCACAGGGCAGCUCAGAGAUCAGACUAUUACUGAGUUUGAGGAUGCAGAGUUCACUUGCAAGCUGAGCAAGGAGAAGGCUGCUGUCAAGUGGUACAAGAAUGGACGAGAGAUCCGAGAAGGACCGAGAUAUCAUAUGGAAAAAGAAGGCAAAACAUGCAGAUUGAUCAUCAAGGUGUGCAGACCAGAUGACGAGUGUGAAUAUGCCUGUGGUGUAGAUGAGAGAAGGACCAGAGCCAGGCUUUUUGUUGAAGAGACCCCAGUGGAGAUCAUCAGGCCACCACAGGACAUGUUUGAACCUCCAGGCUCAGAUGUCGUGUUUGAGGUUGAGCUCAACAAGGACAGAGUGGAGGUCAAGUGGAUGAGAAACAACAUGAUCAUUGUGCAGGGUGACAAGUACCAGAUGAUCAGUGAGGGGAAGAUCCACAGGUUACAAGUCUGUGAGAUCAGACCCAGAGACCAAGGAGAGUACCGCAUUGUGGCCAAAGACAAGGAUGCCCGGGCCAAACUGGAGCUGGCAGCUAUUCCAAAGAUCAAGACCACUGACCAGAAUCUGGUGACGGAUGCUGGAAAACCCUUCAUCAUGACGGUUCCGUAUGAUGCCUACCCUCGUGCUGAUGCAGACUGGUUCUUUGAUGGCAAAAGCUUACCUGUUCAAAACAUUGAUACUUCACUUGACAAAACCGAGUACCGUCUUAAGAGCCCUACCAAGGAGGACCAGGGCCGGUACAGAGUGGUAAUCAAAAACAAACAUGGUGAGGGUGAGGCUUUCAUCAACCUGGAUGUGAUUGAUGUCCCUGGGCCUAUUAAGAACCUAAGGGUGGUUGACACUGCUGAUGGUGAGGUCAGCUUAGCCUGGGAGGAGCCUGAGAAUGAUGGUGGCAGCAAGAUUAUCGCUUAUGUGGUAGAACGACGCGAUGUAAAGAGGAAGACCUGGACUCUUGCUACAGACCGGGCUGAUACUCCAGAAUACUGUGUCAGUGGUCUCCAGCAGGACUCCCUGUACCUGUUCAGAGUCUGUGCUCGUAACAGAGUUGGUCCCGGUCCUAUUGUUGCCACUGACGAUGCCGUUCAGGCCAAGAACAAGUUUGAUGUUCCAGACGCUCCAGAAAAUGUUGGCCUUGGUGUGGUGAACAGGUUUGGAGCCACUGUCAACUGGGAGCCUCCUAAGUUUGAUGGGGGCUCAGAAAUCACUGCAUACGUGAUUGAGCUCCGUGACAGAACCUCUGUGAAAUGGGAGGCGGCCCUGGUGUGUGGAGCCAGUGAUCGAUCGGCUACACUGAAUGACGUAGUGGAGCACAAGGAGUACAUCUUCAGAGUUCGAGCUGAAAACAAGGCCGGAAUUGGAAGGCCUAGUGCUGCAACCAACCCAGUGAAGAUCAUGGAUCCCAUUGAGAGGCCAAGUCCACCUCUGAACCUGAACUACAAUGACCAAAUCAACACCGCUGUCACUCUGACCUGGGAAACCCCAUUAAGCAACGGUGGCAGCAUGAUCACCGGGUACAUUAUCGAGAAAUGUGAUGAGGGCUCAGACAAGUGGUUACGCUGCAACGCCAGACUAUGUCCUGACCUCUCCUACCGGGUUUCUGGACUAAAGCCUGGUCAGAAGUACCUGUACAGAGUGUGUGCUGAGAAUGCUGCUGGUGUCUCAGAUCCAGCAGAACAGCUUGGACCACUGCUUGCCGACGACCCACAUGUUGGUCCAACCUUUGAUCUAAGCGGCUUUAGGAAUGGCCUGGAAGUUAUUGUCCCUCAGCCUCUCACCAUCAGGGUCCCCAUUACCGGAUACCCCACUCCCACAGCUAAGUGGAACUUUGGAGAAAAGGAGCUGACCACAGCAGAGGAGCGUGUCUCCAUGGUAACAAAGCCAACGUUUACAGAGCUGACAAUCUCUCCAAGUGUCCGUCCUGAUAAAGGCACAUACACCCUGCACCUGGAGAAUGAUGUCACAUCUGUCUCUGGAGAGAUUGAGGUCAAUGUCAUCGCAUGUCCAAGUGCACCCAAAGACUUUAAAGUAGCUGAGGUAACUCGGCACCAUGUCCACCUGAUGUGGGAGCCACCAGAACAUGAUGGAGGAAGUCCAGUUACCCACUAUCAGAUAGAAAAGAGAGAGGUUUCCCGCAAGACCUGGGCCAAGGUUGCUACUGGUGUCAUGGAUCUGGAGCACACAGUAACAGAUGUGAUUGAGGGAAAAGAAUAUCUGUUUAGCGUUAUUGCCUGCAACAAGUGUGGUCCUGGAGAACCAGCAUACAUAGAUGAGCCCGUAAACGUCUCGUCACCUGCUACUAUUCCUGAUCCUCCUGAGAACCUAAAAUGGCGUGAUAAGAGUGGCAAGAGCAUCUUCCUUUCCUGGGAACCUCCAAAGUAUGAUGGUGGUGCUCCGAUUAAAGGUUACGUGGUUGAUAAAUGUCAGCGUGGGACAGACAAGUGGGAACCCUGUGGUGACCCCAUGCCUGAACUCAAGUUCCAGGUGACAGGACUGAUUGAGGGCCAGUGGUACGCCUAUAGAAUCAGAGCAGUGAACAAGUUGGGGGCCAGCAGACCCUGCAGGGCCACUGAUGAGAUUCAAGCUGUAGAUGCUCGAGAACCUCCAGAGAUCCAGCUGGAUGUGAAGCUUCUGGCAGGCCUUACUGCCAGAGCAGGCACCAAGAUUGAGCUUCCUGCAGACGUCAAAGGACAGCCUGAUCCUCGUGUAAAAUGGACCAAGGCUGACUUAGUCCUACGAGCUGAUGACCGUAUAACCAUUGAGACCCAGCCGGGACACUCCAAAGUUUCCAUAGGCAACACCACCAGAGAAGACACGGCCACUUACAUCAUAGAGGCAGUCAACAUCUGUGGACGCGCCACUGCCACCAUUGAUGUCAACAUCCUAGAUAAACCGGGCCCGCCAGCUGCCUUUGAUAUCUCAGAGAUCACCAACGAGUCCUGCGUUUUGGCGUGGAACCCUCCCAGAGAUGACGGUGGCUCACCCAUCACCAACUACAUUAUUGAAGCUCGUCAGUUAGACAAAGAGGAGUGGGUCAAAUUGUCAGCCACUGUGAAGGAUACCACCUUCAAGGCCUGCAAGCUUAUUGCUAUGAAGGAGUAUGUCUUCAGAAUCAGUGCUGAGAACCAGUAUGGCAUUGGCAUACCUACAGAGCACACACCAAUCAUUGCAAAGUACUCUUUUGAUCCGCCUGGUCCUCCAACCAGAGUCACUCCUUCUGACAUUGCCAAGGAUGCAGUGACACUGACCUGGUUUGAGCCAGAUGAGGAUGGUGGCAGCCCCAUCACAGGAUACUGGAUCGAGAAGUUUGAUCAAGAGAGCGACAAGUGGAUACGAUGCAACAAACUGCCCAUAAAGGACACGACUUUCAGGGUAAAAGGUCUUCCCACCAAGAAGAAGUACAGCUUCCGUGUUUUGGCAGAGAAUCUAGCUGGACCUGGAAAACCAAGUGCAGAGACAGAUCCUGUGCUUAUCAAAGAUCCCAUUGAUCCUCCAUGGGCACCCGGAAAACCUGUUGUCAGGGAAGUUGGCAAGACCACUGCCUUGUUAGCAUGGACACGACCGGAGCACGAUGGCGGGGCAAAGAUUGAAGGUUACAUCAUUGAGUUCCAGAAGACUGGAAGCGAGGAAUGGAUCCGUAUUGCAGAGGAUGUUCCUCAGACAGAGCACCAGCUGCAGGGUCUGAUGGAGAAGCAGGAGUACUCAUUCAGAGUUAAAGCUGUCAAUAAAGCCGGUGAGAGUGAACCCAGCGACCCCAGUGACCCUGUGGUCUGCAAGGAGAGACUCUACCCUCCAUCUGCUCCUCAGUGGCUGGAGGUCACCAACGUCACCAAGAUCAGCGCUGAUCUAAAAUGGCAGGCUCCAAGCAGUGAUGGAGGUUCACCCAUCACAAACUAUGUGGUGGAAAAGAGAGAUGUGAGGCGGAAGGCCUGGCAGACUGUUGACACUACCAUCAAGGAGCUCAAAUACUCAGUGACUCCCCUCAAUGAAGGAUCCCUCUACGUGUUCAGAGUUGCUGCUGAGAAUGCUGUUGGAAUGGGAGAGUUCUGCGAGCUGGAGGAUGCAGUUCUCGCCAAGGAUACAUUCACAACUCCUGGACCUCCAUACGCCCUAACAGUGAUGGAAGUCACUAAGAGACAUGUGGAGCUCAAGUGGGAACCUCCAAAAAGCAAUGGUGGAAGACCUAUAACCAAGUAUGUGAUUGAAAAGAAAGAAAAGGUUGGAACUCGAUGGCUGAAGUGCUGCAAGACUCCAGAUAAACAGACGCAGUUCAAGGUGACAGAUGUUGAUGAAGGAUCAGAGGUGCAGUUCCAGGUCAGAGCUGAGAAUGAAGCCGGAGUGGGAGAUCCAAGUGAGCCCACUGUCAUCCUCACCAUCGAGGAUCCAACAAGUCCUCCAUCUCCUCCUCUCGAUGUGGCCAUUGUUGAUGCCAGCAGGGAACACAUCAAUGUCACCUGGAAACCACCAGCCAAAGAUGGCGGCUGUCCAAUAACUGGAUACCAUGUUGAGGUGGCAGAGGCUCGUCCAGAGCUCAAGUGGCUAAGGGUAAAUGCCCGGCCCAUUAAAGAGCUGAAGUUUAGGAUUGAUGAUGGAAUCAAACCAGAGAAAAAGUAUGUAAUUAGAGUUCGUGCCAUCAACUCUAUUGGUGUAAGCGAUCCCUCUGAAAUCUCCGACAAAGUUGCUACCAAAGAUCCUGACUGUGCUCCAACCAUGGAUCUGGAUGCACAGGAUGUGAUUGUGGUUGAAGGUGAGAAGCUGCAUCUGAAUAUCCCCUACAAAGCGAUCCCAACUCCAAAGAUGGUUUGGCAGAAAGACACAGUAGAGUGCAAAGCCGACGACCGACUCUCCAUGACCGUUGAGAUGAACAGCGCUCACCUGGAGUUGCUGAAGUGCCAGCAUGCUGAUGCUGGUGCCUACACCAUCACUCUGGAGAACAGUCUGGGAACUGCUACUGGAACCAUCAAUGUCAAAGUUAUCGGGCUCCCUGGUCAGUGUAAAGACAUCACCUCCAGCGAUGUCACUAAGAAUUCCUGCAAGAUCAGCUGGGAAGCUCCCGAAGACGAUGGAGGCACACCUAUUGUCAGCUACACUCUGGAGCGCCGAGAAGCAUCCAAGAAAACCUACAUGCCCAUCAUGUCAGGGGAAAAUGUCCUCACCUACAACACUAAAGACCUUUAUAUCAACUGUGAGUACUACUUCAGAGUGAAGGCUGUCAACAAGGUCGGAGCAGGAGAAUAUUUGGAGCUACGCAAUCCGGUUCUCACAGAGGAAAUCAAACAGAAACCAGACCCUCCCAUCCAAGUUGAGGGUCAUGACCCCACAUCCAAGUCCAUCACAGUCACCUGGAAGGCUCCAGACUACGAUGGCGGCUGCCCAAUACAGGGUUACAUAGUAGAGAAGAUAGAGAAAGAUGGUGACCGCUACGAGAGGGUCACCCCAAGUCUGGUUCCUGGUUUCUCCUAUGUAGUGACUGGCCUGAAAGAAGACAUGGAGUAUCAGUUCAGAGUCCGAGCAGAAAAUGCCGCUGGAGCCAGUGAGCCUUCCCGCAGCACAUCACUUAUAAAGGCUGCAGACCCUGUUGAUAAACCAACAGUCACACUGCAUGCACGUGUGCAGUCCGGCCUCUGCAUUAAGAAGGGUGAGGAAAUCCGCAUUGAUGCUUACAUCUCCGGCUCUCCAUAUCCCAAAGUCACCUGGCUGAGAAAUGAGGAGGAUGUGACCAAGGAGCCUCCCAAAAAGAUUGUUCCUGUGUUAAAAAAGAAGAAGACCAAAGCCAAUGUUCCAGAACCAGAGGAGGAAUUUGUGACUCCUCUGCGUGAACGUCUUGGUCUGGAUAAAACCACAAAAGGCCAAUCUGCUCUGAUGAUCCGUGACUCUCUCAGGGUUGACCACGGCAACUACACAAUCAAGGUGGAAAACACGCAUGGUGUUGCUUCUGCCACCUGCUACGUCAAUGUCCUGGACAAGCCUGGUCCUCCAAUAAACUUCACCUUUGAUGAGAUCAGGAACACCUCUGUCAUCUGUAACUGGGAGCCUCCUGUGGAUGAUGGAGGCAGCGAGAUUCUGAACUACAUCCUUGAGAAGAAGGACAACAAGAAUGAUGAGAUUGGCUGGAUCACUAUCACCUCCACCCUGAAGGGCACCAGUUUCCCUGUCACCAAACUCAUCGAAGGGAAGGAAUACAUCUUCAGAGUAACAGCUGAGAACAAAUAUGGCUGUGGUUUGCCAUGCAUCUCUGAUCCACUUGUCGCCAAGAACCAAUUCAAUCCUCCUGAUGCUCCCAACACUCCCAGAGUGCAUGAGGUGACAGCAAACUCCGCUCACAUCUCCUGGCAUGAACCAAAGGACAACGGCAGCCCGAUCCUUGGCUACUGGAUUGAGAGGAAGGAGGUGAACAGCAAACACUGGACCAGAGUUAACCGGGCCCUCCUCAAUUCUCUAGAUGUGAAGAUCACUGGACUGAUGGAGGGACUCACCUAUAUCUUCAGAGUAUGCGCAGAAAACCUGGCUGGCCCUGGGCCUUUCAGUGACCCCACUGAGCGCAUUGUGGCCAUGGAUGCCAUUCUUCCUCCUGGGCCCCCCACUCCAUGGGUUGUGGACACUGGCAAUGAUUCUGUCAUCUUGGCCUGGAAGCCACCAUUGUACAAUGGUGGAGGCGAGAUCCUGGGAUACCACAUUGAGAAGGUUUUGGUUGGAGAGAAAGAAUGGAGUCGCUGCACAGAAUUCAGGUGUAAAGAAUUAACAUACACAGUGACAGGCCUCACUGAAGGAGCAGACUAUUACUUCCGGGUCCUUGCUAUCAAUGAUGCUGGCCCUGGAGCUCCUGGUCUCACUGAACCUGUAACUGUCAAAGAGCCCCAAGAAACUCCUGUUGUGGAAUUUGAUGACUCUGUGAAGAACGGCGUCAUGAUCAAGGCCGGUGACUCACUGAGGCUUCCUGCAGUGGUGACGGGCCGACCUCAGCCAGAGGUAAAAUGGGCCAAAGACGAGGCAGAAAUUGACAAAGAGAGAAUGAUUGUGGAGACAGAGGGCAAGAAGAGCAAUCUCUUCAUCAAGAAGUCUGUGAGGGCAGAUCAUGGAAAAUACCAGAUCACCGGCACCAACAGCAGUGGCACCAAGACCGCAGAAACCAGAGUGGACGUUAUGGAUGUCCCUGGACCUGUGGUUGACUUGAAGACUGUCCUGGUGACGAAGAAGAACAUUGUUCUCACCUGGUCAGACCCUCUGGACAAUGGAGGCAGUGACAUCAUUGGCUAUGAAGUGCUGAGGAAAGACACCAAGAUGAAACUGUUCCGUCAGCCCAUUGAGAUGGCGUCCUGUAAGUGUGAUGUUCAGGGCUUGCUGGCUGGUGAGGAAUAUGACUUCAGAGUCAUUGCCAGAAACAAGUACGGUGAUGGCGCACCAGCAGAUUUGGGACCCAUCCUGGCUGAGGAUCCUAAAGGAACUCCAUCUGCUCCUGAGAAACUGCACUACACUGACCGAAGCAAAUCAACUAUUACUCUGGCUUGGCAGCCCCCUCGCACUGAUGGCGGCAGCCCCAUUAGCGGAUACUACGUUGACAAGAUGAGAUCAGAUAGCACAGAGUACGAGGUGGCCAAUCGUAAGAUCUUUACAGAGUGCUGUGGAACUAUUGAGAACCUCUCUGAGAACCAGGAGUACCACUUCCGUGUUAAAGCUGUAAAUGAAGUUGGAGAAGGUGAUCCUUCCAAACCAAUAUCUGCCAAGAUCCAGGACGAUGAAAUUGCUCCAGUUAUUUCAAUUCUGAAGUUUUUCAAGAGCAAUGCCAUCAAUGUGAGGAAAGGAGCAGCCAUAGACAUCCCAGCAGAGGUGAUUGGACUGCCUUUGCCAACAUUCCAGUGGAUGAAGGAUGAUGUGGUGAUUGAGAAUCCUGACCAGGAGAAGAUGACCAUGGAGACAGAGGAGGUGAACAGGACAACAAUAAAGACAAAGAUAGCUAUCCCAGUGACCGUCCGACAAGACAAAGGAAACUACAAGCUGGUAGCUGAAAACUGUCAUGGCAAAGCUCAGCAUGUGAUCAGAGUCGAAAUCCUCGACCGCCCCCUUCCACCAAGGAAUGUUGUUGUGUCGGACAUCAAAGCAGACUCUUGCUACCUGACUUGGGAUGCUCCGGAGGACAAUGGAGGCAGUGAGAUAACCAACUACAUUGUGGAGCGGAGAGAUGCCAGCAAGAAGAAAUCAGACUUUGACGUCCUGACCAUCAAUCUGAUCGACAGAAGAUAUGGGGUCUACAAAUUGGACUUGAAUGGAGUCUACCAAUUCAGGAUCAAAGCUGAAAACAAGUAUGGUGUCAGUGAUGGUUGUGAUUCAGAAAAAGUCCAGCUUAGGGAUCCGUUUGGCCUUCCUGGACCUCCACGUAACCCUAAAAUCAUAGCUGCAACAGCAACCACUAUGACCGUCACCUGGGAUCCCCCUCUGGACAAUGGUGGCUCCACCAUCCAGGGCUAUUGGUUGGAGAAGAGGGAGCGUGGUGCCGUAUACUGGGGUCGUGUUAACCGAGCUCCGGUCACCAAACCAGCGGUUAAGGGCCUGCAGUACACAGUGUUGAAGCUCAUAGAAGGAACAGAGUACCAGUUCAGGAUUGCGGCCUGCAACGCAGCAGGAAUCGGACCACACAGUGAACCCACUGAGUGCCGCUUCGCCACCGAUCCAUGCAAUCCUCCAAGCCCACCUGGCAGCCCAGAGGUUAAAGAUAAGACCAAGAGCAGCAUCACACUCACCUGGACUCCUCCAGAAAGAGAUGGUGGAAGCCCAAUCAAGGGUUACAUUGUUGAGGUUCACGAGGAGGGCUCUGCAGAUUGGAGAAGGGUCAACCCAGCCGACAAGCUCCACCCAUCCACUGAAAUUACCGUCCCUGAUCUGAAAGAGGGCAAGAAGUGCAAGUUCAAGAUUUAUGCAGUGAACGCCGCAGGAAACUCAGAGCCUGCUAGGACAGGCGAAAUCCUGGUUCAGGACAUCCUGAUUGAACCCACAGUGACACUGGAUGUGAGUGCUCACGACCUGCUGACCUGCAGAGCAGGAACCACCAUCAGAAUUCCUGCGACCAUAAAAGGACGACCCAUUCCCAAAGUCACCUGGACAUUCGUUGAUGGAACUGCCGAGACUGAAAAGAAGAACGACCUUCACACACUGCCCAUUGACUCAGAGAUCCAUUCUACUGACACAACGUCAUUGGUGGUGAUCCCAGAAAGCAAGCUGAGCCACACUGGUCGAUUCAUCCUCAAUGCAGAGAGCCCGGCUGGGCACAAAGUAGUCAAAGUCAGAGUCAAUGUGCUCGACCUCCCUGGACCUGUUAGAAAUCUGAAGGUGAGUGAUGUGACCAGAGGAACCUGCAGACUCACCUGGAAGCCUCCAGAAAGCGAUGGAGGAGAGAGGGUGAAGAGCUACUUUAUUGAGAAGAAGACUGUGGAAGGCAAAGCCUGGACCAAGGUAAACCCAAACUGUGCUACCCAGUCUCUGGUGGUUCCAGACCUCAUUAAUGGUGAGGAGUACCUUUUCCGUGUCAAAGCUGAAAACCGCUUUGGCUUUGGCCCAUUUGUUGAGACUACUGAAGGAACCAAAGCUAAAGAUCCCAUCCAUCCUCCGGAUCCUCCAACAAGGCUCAAGAUCCACAAUAUAAGAAAGGGCACUCUCACUUUGACCUGGAAGGCUCCGAAGAACGACGGAGGUUCGCCAGUCACGCACUACAGUGUUGAUCUUCUGUGCUGGGAUGCCAGCGGUACCCAAAAGGAGUCUUGGAGGAGGUGCAACAGGAGAGAUGUCGACACCACAAACUUUAAGGUGGAGGACCUGACAGAGGGAGAUGAGUAUGAGUUCAGAGUGAUAGCUUACAAUGAGGCUGGACCAAGCCGGCCAUCAACUACUGCUGGACCCGUCAUCAUCCAGGACCAGACCUGUGCUCCAUCCAUUGAGCUGGAGGAGUUUAUGGAAGUGGAGCAGGGCUCUGACAUCAGCAUUGUGGCCAAGCUUCGUGGCUGUCCUUUCCCAACACUCACCUGGUACAAGGCACCUCCCCACAAGCCUGACGACAAGGUCGAGGUCCAGUAUGACGAGCACAUCAACAAGAUUGUAUCAGAUGACAGCUGCACGCUGCUCAUCCAGCAGGGCAAACGCCAUGACACUGGCCUGUACACUCUGGUGGCCUCCAACAGUCUUGGCAAAGCAUCCAAGGAAAUGAGGCUCAACGUGCUCGGUCGACCUGGUCCUCCUUCAGCUCCUAUUAAGUUUGAAGAAAUUAGCGCAGAGAAGAUUACACUCUCCUGGCUACCACCAAAGGAUGAUGGUGGCUCUAAAAUCACGAACUAUGUCAUCUGGAGGCGUGUGGCCAAUAGGAAGACCUGGGUGCCUGUGACGAACGAGCCCAAAGACCGAAUCUGGACAGUGGAGAACCUCAUGGAGGGGCACGAAUAUGUGUUCCGCAUCAUGGCACAAAAUAAGUAUGGAGUUGGUGAGCCGCUGGACAGUGACCCUGAGGUUGCCCGAAACCGUUGCACUGUUCCUGGUCAGUGUGAGAAGCCAACAGUAACCAACAUCACCAUGGAUUCAAUGACAGUCAACUGGGAGGAGCCUGAGGAUGAUGGCGGCACCCCGAUCACUGGCUACUGGCUGGAGCGUAAAGAGACCACAGGCAAACGUUGGGCUCGUGUUACCAGGGACCCUAUCCGUCCCAUGGGCCUUGGCGAGUCCUUCGUAGUGAGUGGUCUUGUUGAGGGGUCUCAGUAUUUAUUCAGAGUUUCUGCCAUCAACGCCGCGGGCCCUGGUCUUGCUAGUCCUCCAACAGACCCUGUCUUUGCCAGAGACCCUAUCUGUCCCCCGUCUCCUCCGACCCCAAAGGUUUCUGAUUGGACGAAAUCCACAGUAGAUCUCGAGUGGAUUCCACCUUUAAAAGAUGGUGGAUCCAAGAUAAUCGGCUACUGGGUGGAGUACAAGGAGGAAGGCACUGAGGCCUGGGUUAAGGCUAAGGAAACUGAAAUCCGAGGGACACGUUUUGUGAUCAGUGGUCUAAAGACAGGUGGUCAGUACAGGUUCAGGGUGACUGCCUUCAAUGCUGCUGGUAACAGUGAGCCAGGUGAAGUCCCAGAGGUGCUUGAGGUCAAUGACAGAGCCAUUGCUCCUGAGGUGGAUCUGGAUGCCUCGAUUAAAGAGAGGAUGGUGGUCCAUGCAGGCGGUGUUAUCCGUUUGAUUGCCUAUGUGUCAGGGCAGCCAACACCUGACAUCACCUGGACCAGAGAUGGUGCUGGACUGCCACCAGAAGCUAAAGUGGAGACCACUGCCAUCAGCUCUUCACUGGUCAUCAAGCCCUGUACAAGGAAACACCUUGGUGUUUAUACCCUGACCGCCAAGAAUGCCAGUGGGGAGAAAACAAAGAAUGUCACAGUAGAAGUCCUAGAUGUUCCUGGACCUGUUGGCAUUCCAUUCCUGGCUGAAAACCUGAGCAUCGACUCCUGCAAGCUCAGCUGGUUCUUCCCUGACAAUGAUGGAGGUUCACCCAUCAGCAAUUACAUCAUUGAAAAACGUGAAGGAGAGCGUAAAGCCUGGACAUCACUGUCCUAUAGUGCCAGCAGGCAGAAUGCCAUUGCUCGCGAUCUCACCCUCGGAAAGGCCUUCUUUUUCAGAGUGGCUGCUGAGAAUGCCAUUGGCAUUGGACCUUUUGUUGAGACUGCAGCUGAGAUUGUAAUCAAGGAGCCAAUGAGUGUACCGGACCGUCCUGAAGAACUGGAAGUCACCAAGGUUACCAAAAAUUUGAUCAGUGUUGCUUGGAAAGCGCCCAAAUUUGACGGAGGCUCCGAUAUUACCAUGUACAUUCUUGAAGCGCGUAUGAUUGGCAAAGACAAGUUCACCAGACUUACCAAAGAGACGUUAAUGGACAGGAAGUUCACAUAUGACGGUCUCAGAGAGGGAGACACUUAUGAGUUCAGGGUAAUUGCUGUAAAUGAAGUUGGACAGAGUAAACCAUCAUUCUGCACUAAACCAAUCACUUGCAAGGAUGCACUUGAGCCACCAACCAUUGAGUUGGACUUCCGUGAUAAGAUCAUUAUACGUGUGGGAGAGAGCUGCCUACUUCAGGGUCGUUACACAGGCAAACCAGCUCCAUCCAUUGUUUGGUACAGAGAUGACGAGGAGCUGAAGGCUGACAAACACAUAAUAUUCAAGAACACUCCAACCAUGAUGUCGCUUGGCCUGGUGAAGGCAGAGCGACAGCACAGUGGCAAAUAUGUGGUAGUUGUGGAAAACAGCACCGGAUCCAGGAAGGGUGUCUGCAACGUCAUAGUCGUAGAUCGUCCAACUCCUCCUGUUGGCCCUGUGGUGUUUGAGGAGGUUCACAGGGAAUACAUGGUUAUCUCCUGGAAGCCUCCUCUGGACAAUGGAGGUGUUGAGGUCUCAAAUUACAUAAUUGAGAAGAGAGAUGUCAACAGAGAGACCUGGACCACAGUAACAUCUGCCACAACUAAGACCACAUGCAAGAUUCCAAAGCUAACCGAAGGCAAGGAGUACAUCAUGAGAAUAUCUGCAGAGAAUAUGUACGGUAUCAGCGAUGCUCUGGAGUCUGAGGAGAUGAAAGCUAAAGAUCUGUUCAGAGUCCCUGAAGCCCCUGAGAUGCCAACAGUCAGAGAGGUAUAUGCUACCAAUGCUUUGGUUCUGUGGAACCGGCCUCGUGAUGGAGGUAAACCCAUCACCAACUAUAUCCUGGAAAAGAAGGAGCCAGGAGCCAAGAGGUGGUCAAGAGUCACCAGAGACCCACUUUACCCAGCCACUCAGUACCGUGUCCAGGACUUGGUAGAGGGCUGCGAGUAUGAAUUCAGGGUGAUGGCUGAGAAUGAGUUGGGAACUGGAGAUCCUAGUCCCCCAUCCAAACCAAUCCUUGCCAAGGAUCCCAUUGUGCGUCCAAGUCCUCCAGUUACCCCUGAAGCUUAUGACAAAACCAAAGACUCAGUCAGUCUGAAGUGGCAGAUGCCGCGCCACGAUGGAAAAGGGCGAAUCUUUGGCUACCUUGUGGAGUAUCAGAAGCCUGGUGCCGUAGAGUGGAUUCAGGCCAACACGACUCCAGAGCAGUGUCCUGACCUCCAUUAUGUGGUGACAGGUCUGACUGAAGGACAGGAGUACUCCUUCAGAAUCUUUACAGUAAAUGCAGCAGGCAAAUCCGACCCUGCCUUUGUCAAACAGACCAUCAAAGUCCAUGACAGGCUAGAGGAGCCAGAGUUACUCUUGGAUGCCAACAUGGCUCGUGACCACUUAGCCAUGCUGGGCACUGAUAUCACACUUAGUGCCACAAUUAAGGGUGUGCCGACACCGACAGUCGCCUGGAAGAAAAAUGAUGGAGAUGUUCCUUCUCACGUCACUGUUGCAGUUACGGCCACUGGUAGCAAAGUCUUCAUUCCCAAGUGUGUCCGUGCAGAUUCUGGCAACUACACUAUUACAGUUGAGAAUGCUGCUGGAAAGAAAUCUGCAACCGUUGCCGUGCUUGUGCUGAAUAAGCCUUCUCCUCCAAGAGAUCUUGUGGUGUCUGAGGUGACCAGUGAGUCUGCUUAUUUGACAUGGAAGGUGCCAGAGGACAAUGGUGGUGCAGUCAUCUCCCAUUAUGUCGUGCAAAAGAAGGAUGUGGCUGCAGGGCAAUGGGUACCAGUUGCUCCAGCCAAUAAGAAGCUUAGUCUUAUGGCAAUGUACCUGAUGGAGGGAAUCCAGUACUUAUUUAGGGUAGCUGCUGAAAACCAGUUUGGCAGGAGUGACUUUGUCGUGACCAAGACACCUAUCAAGGCUGUUGAUCCUCUAUAUCCACCUGGCCCACCCAAAAACCUCCACCAUACUGAUGCAGACAAGACAGAGGUGUGGUUGGCCUGGGAGUGGCCCGAUCGCACUGGUGGAAGUGAAAUUACUGGGUUCAUUGUAGAACACCAAGAAGAGGGCCAAACUGACUGGGUUACCUUCAAAACUGUGAGCAACAACCACAGUCAUGUAACAGGUCUGGUUGAAGGCAAAACUUACCGCUUCAGGGUCAAAGCUCAGAAUGCUAUAGGUGUUAGCAGCCCUGACACCAGUGUCCCUGUUACUUGUCAGGAGAAGACAUUACCACCUACUAUUGAAGUUGAUGUGAAGCUUAUUGAGGGUCUUGUAGUCAAAGCUGGCAGUACUAUUACUCUACCAGCUAAGAUGACAGGAAUCCCUCUUCCCACUGCCAAAUGGAUCAGUGAUGGAAAGGAGAUCACUCCCGAGGGCCGACUUAAAAUUGAGUCUGCUGGACCUUCAACCACCUUAAGUAUCACAGAAUGCCAGAGAGGAGAUACUGGAGAGUACAUAGUCACUGUGUCAAAUCCUGCAGGUAGUAAGACUGCUGCCCUACAUGUCACUGUAUUGGAUCUACCAGGACCACCAAUCGGACCCAUCAACAUCUUGGAGGUCACCCCAGAUCACAUGAUGAUACAGUGGAGGGCACCUAAAGAUGAUGGUGGCACACCUAUCACUAACUAUGUGGUAGAAAAGAAGGAUGUCAAGAAGCCAUGGGAGCCCUGGUCAGUGGUUAGCUCUAGUGGCACCAGUACAAAGGCCAAGGUGACAAGGUUGGAGAAAGGCCGUGAGUACAUUGUCAGGGUUCGAGCAGAGAACAAGAUUGGGAUUGGUGCUAGCCUUGAAAGUCCUCCUACUAUUGCCAAGCAUAUGUUCAACCCUCCUGGACCUCCAGGCUUUCCUGAGUGUUCUGAUGUCACAGAAAAUGCUGUAACAGUAGAAUGGGCCCUACCGGACUAUGAUGGAGGCAGCCCCAUUAGUGGCUAUGUUAUUGAACGCAGAGAGAUGACAGGAAAGUGGAUUCGUGUCAAUAAAACUCCUGUGCUAGACCUAAGAUACAGAGUUUCUGGUCUGUUUGAAGGCAAUACCUAUGAAUUCCGAGUGUUUGCUGAGAAUAUUGCUGGUAUCAGUGAGCCUUCACUCACAUCUGACCCAAUCAAAGCCACCCGUGCCAUCACAAAACCUGGACCUCCUGGUAACCCCAAGCUUAAGGAUUGGAGUAAAUCUUAUGCAGACAUUUGCUGGACCAAACCCACAAGAGAUGGAGGGAGUCCAAUUCUGGGCUAUUUCAUUGAGGUUCAGAAGUCAGGAUCUGCCCAGUGGGACAGAAUCAACAAGGAUCUAAUCAAGAUCUGUGCUUACAGAGUGCCUGGGCUGAUUGAAGGAAUGGAGUACAGAAUACGUAUCAGAGCUACAAACAAGGUUGGAGACAGUGAGCCCAGGGAGGUACCUGAGACUAUUUUGGCAAAAGACAUCCUGGUGCCUCCUGAAGUUGUGGUUGAUGUCUCCUGUCGUGACUCUGUGACAGUCAGAGCAGGUCAGAUAAUCAGUUUGAUUACUAGAGUAAAAGGCAGACCAGAUCCAGAGAUCACAUGGACCAAGGAUGCCAGAGCCUUGUCUCGAGAAAAGCGCCUUGAAAUGAAUAACAACUACCCUGUUUGUGAACUAAUUAUCAGUGAUGCUAUCAGGUCAGAUUAUGGAAAGUAUGGUAUUGUUGCAAAGAACAGCAGUGGACAGGCUCAGGCUACCAUUUUGGUCAAUGUCUUGGACACACCAGGAGCUUGUCAAAAUUUGAAAGUGGCUUAUGUGACAAAGAAAUCUUGCAUGGUCUCCUGGGAAAACCCUGAGGACAAUGGAGGAACUGAGAUUACUCAGUAUAUAAUUGAAUGCCGUCAGCCAAGUCAAAGAGGGUGGACAGUGGUCUCCAAUGACUGGACCAAGCGCUUGAUAAAGGCUCCUCUUACUGAGGGCUGUGAAUAUUUCUUCCGUGUGAGUGCUGAAAAUAAGAUAGGAGUUGGUCCAUCCACAGAGACAAAGUCACCUGUCUUGGCAGUUGAUCCUAUUGAGAAACCUGGGGAACCCAUAGAUUUCCAUAUAUCUGAAGUCGGGAAGACCUUCUGCUUCUUGAAGUGGAAGAAACCUGAUAAUGAUGGUGGUAGUAGAAACAUAGCUUAUCAUAUUGAAAAGAAACCAAAAGAAGCUGAAGAGUGGGAGAGACUUCACAAGGGUGCCAUCAAGGAGACCUACUUCAUGGCAGACAGGUGUAUUGAAAAUCAAAUCUAUCAGUUUAGAGUUCAGACUAAAAAUGAGGGAGGCGAAAGUAAUUGGGUGACAACAGGAGAAGUACUAGUUAAGGAACAACUGGUAUUGCCUGAGGUUAAGAUUAAACUGGAUGGAACCCUUGUUGUUAGAGCAGGAGAUUCUAUUGCAGUAGAAGCAAUAGUCAAGGGCAAACCUCAGCCUGAUGUCAAAUGGACAAAGGAUGAGACCACAGAGGAGAUUAAGAAAGGCCCCAGACUGCAACUUGAAACUGGUGCAGACUUUUCCAAACUGUUGAUUACUGGUGCAAGACGCACAGACAGUGGCAAAUAUGUUGUCACAGCCUCCAACAGUGCAGGAACCAGCUCUGCUAAAUGUACAAUUAAUGUAUUAGACAGACCUGGUCCCAUCAGGGACCUCAAGGUGUCUGGUAUCACCAUUGACAGGUGCAACCUGGCCUGGGAAGUUCCUGAAGAUGAUGGUGGCUGUGAUAUUUACAAUUACAUUAUCGAGAAAUGUGAGACAAAGAGAGGGGUUUGGUCUGUACAUUCUAAUGCUGUCAUCACCAAUAAAGCUAAAGUAACACGACUUAUUGAGGGUAAUGAGUACAUCUUCAGAGUUCGAGCUGAGAAUAAAAUGGGCCCUGGACCUGCAGUUCAGAGUGAGACUAUUGUUGCUGGCACGCAGUUCAGUGUACCUGAUGCCCCUGAAGCACCAGAGGUCACCAAGAUCGGAAAAGAGGAGAUGACUGUACAAUGGUCAGAGCCUGACAGAGAUGGAGGAAAACCAAUCAUAGGCUAUCUUUUGGAGAAGAGAGAGGAGCAUGCAGUCAGGUGGUCCCCUGUCAACAAGGAUCCAGUCCCUGCAACUCGUUUCACAGUCACUGGACUAUUACCUCUCCAUGAUUACCAGUAUAGAGUCAAAGCUGUGAAUGAAAUUGGUGUUGGUACUCCAAGUAAGGCUUCUCGUGCAAUCACUGCAAAGGAUGCAGUUGAGCCUCCUGCACCACCUACCAACUUAAAGGUUGUGGACAGCACAAAAUCCACAGUGACCCUGAGCUGGACAAAGUCUGUGUCUGAUGGGGGAGCCCCUCUCAUUGGCUAUGUUGUGGAAAUGAGGGCACAGGGGAGUGCAAAGAAAGGAGAUGAUGGCUGGAAGAGAUGCAAUGUGGCAGCACAACUUAUUGUGUGCGAGUUUACAGUCACAAGUCUAGAUGAGAAGCUAGUUUAUGAAUUCAGGGUGUCUGCUCAAAACCAAGUGGGCAUGAGCCUGCCAUGUAACCUGGAGGGUGCUGUGAUUCCAAGGGAAAUUUUAGAGGCACCAGAGAUUGACUUGGAUGCCAACCUGAAGCAGGGCCUCACAGUUCGUGCUGGUUGUCCCAUUAGACUUUGCGCCACCAUCAGAGGGCGACCACAUCCAACAGUCACUUGGAGAAGAAUGGGUAUUGACAACGUUGUUAGGAAGGGUAAAGUCGACAUCAUCGACACAAUGACCUUCCUGGUCAUUCCUGACAGCACCCGUGAUGACUCUGGGAAAUAUUGCCUGACUUUACAGAGUCCUGCAGGAGAAAAAGCUGUGUUUGUCAAUGUUAAAGUUCUUGAUACUCCUGGACCAGUACUAAAUCUCGAAGGUACAGACAUUAAGCAGACCUCAGUCAUGUUGUCUUGGAAUCCUCCAGAGAUCACUGGUGGCAGUGAGGUGACACACUACAUAGUUGAAAAGCGAGCGAUUGACCGCAAGACAUGGGCAACUGUCAAGACUGAAGUUCAGGCAGAUAAGAUUCCUCUCAAAAUCAGUGGUCUGAUACCUGGCACUGAAUACUACUUUAGAGUCCUCGCUGUCAAUGAGUAUGGUUCUGGAGUUCCCAAAGUGACACCUACUUCCUACCUGGCUUCUGAUCCUGUCAGCAAACCAGACCCUUGCCAGAAGAUUGAAAUUCUGGAGAUAACCAAGAACAGUGCAAUGAUUGGCUGGGUGAAGCCUGAAAGAGAUGGUGGUGCCAAAAUUGAUGGCUAUGUCAUUGAAUACAUUGAAGUCAAACCUCCACCGGAGCCACCAGCCCCUGUUGAGCUGGUUGAAGGAGAGGGAGUUCCUCCACCACCUCCACCUCCACCAAUAGUAGAGGAGGAAGAAGAAGCUGAACCAGAAAAAGAAGUGUGGAAUGCCUACACAACAGUUAAAGGUUUAUCAAUCAGUGUCAGUGGCCUCAAGGAGGGGAAAAGGUACAAGUUCAGAGUGGCUGCCAAGAACAUCAUGGGGAUGAGUUCUUUCACUGAGACUAGAGAGCCAACCGAGAUCAAGGAACAGAUGAUUGAGCCAAAGAUUGUUAUGCCAGAGACUGCAAGUGCUAGAGCUGGAGCCAAGCUUAGAGUGGAGGCACUUGUUUCAGGAAAACCUGUUCCGACAUGCAAGUGGAUACGUGGUGAGAAAGCAGUGGUCCCAUCCAGUCGCUUGGCUGUGCAUCAGUCGGGCAACUUGUGUGUCCUAAUCAUCAAAGAUGUGACAAGGAGUGACAGUGGAGAUUAUAGUCUUGUUGCUGAGAACAGCACGGGACAAAUUUCCCAGGCAAUAAAGAUCAUCAUUAGAGACAUCCCUGGUCCUCCCGAAGGCCCUGUGGAGAUCAGUGACAUUGAUUCUGAUGCUUGUUCCCUGUCUUGGAACAAACCUCUGGAGGAUGGCGGCAGUAAUAUCACAAACUAUGUUAUUGAAAAAUGUGAUGUGGGCAGAGGCGAUUGGGUGACAGCCCUUUCCUCCUGCGCAAAAACCAGUUGUAGAUUGGGAAAACUUAUUCCUGGAAAAGAAUAUGCAUUCCGCAUCCGCGCUGAAAACCGUUAUGGUGUGUCAGACUCCCUUCAAUCAGAAAGAAUGGUUGCAAAGUUCCCUUUUGAUGUUCCAAGUGAGCCCCUAAAUUGUCAUGUCAACAAGACCAACAAGGAUUGUAUGUUCAUUAGCUGGGAUAAACCGGAGAGUGAUGGGGGCAGUCCCAUCACAGGGUAUUACAUUGAGCGCAAGGAGAGAAACAGUCUUCUGUGGGUGAAAGCCAAUGACACUGUGGUCCGCACAACUGAAUACCCCUGUGCCGGUCUUAUUGAAGGCUUGGAGUAUACUUUCAGAGUAUCAGCCAUUAACCGUGCUGGUCAGGGCAAACCAAGCAAGAAAACCGACUUUGUAACAGCAAGAACACCUGUUGACACUCCUGGUAAACCUGAAGUUUUGGAUGUAACCAAAAACUCUGUCACUUUGGUUUGGGCUCGUCCUAAAAAUGAUGGAGGAAGCAAGAUCAUAGGUUAUUAUGUUGAGGCUAUGCGGGUUCCAGGAGACACUUGGAUACGUUGCAACACCAGCAGUCAGAAUGUUCCCAGGGAGGAGUAUACGGUGACAGGACUUGAAAGAGACCUUCAGUACCAGUUCAGAGUUAUUGCUAAAACUGCAGUGAACAUGAGCAAGCCUUCAGAACCAACAGAUCCAAUCCUGGUCUGUGCUGAGAAUGUUCCUCCAAGGAUUGAGCUUAAUGCCAAGAUGCAAAAAGUUUUAACAGUUAAGGCUGGAGCCACAAUCUUGCUGGAAGCAGAUGUGUUUGGUAAGCCUGUGCCCAGAGUCACUUGGAAGAGAGGUGAUGAUACUCUGAAGUCAGGUGAAGGCCAGGUCAUUACACAGCAAAGACAACAUUUCCAAUUAGAAAUACCGGCUGCCACCAAAGAACACACAGGAACCUACACUGUGUUGGCUGAGAAUGCAAGUGGCUCAAAGACUGCAGAAAUCCAGGUCAAUGUACUAGAUGUGCCUGGGCCCCCUGCAAGUGCCACAUAUACAGAGGUGUUAGCCUCCAGUAUCAAGUUGACAUGGCAGCCUCCUUUGAAAGAUGGUGGUGGCUCUGUCAAUAACUACAUUUUGGACAAGCGUGAAACCAGCAGAACUAACUGGGCACAGGUGUCAACAAAAAUAAAGGGUGACAUAUUAGAAUUUAAUGUGGAAAAACUAAUUGAAGGUCAUGAAUACCAGUUCCGAAUUCGUGCUGAAAACGCAUGGGGAGUUGGAGACCCAUUUAUCACAAACCCAAUCAUCGCUAAAAACCCUUUCACUGUCCCCGGUCCUUGUGAAGCCCCUGUAAUCACCAAUGUGACCAAAGACAAAAUGACUGUGAGCUGGAAGGAGCCUGUCGAUGAUGGAAAGUCUACCAUUCUGGGCUACAUGGUGGAAAAGAAAGAGACCAAGGAGAUGAAGUGGACCAAGAUUAAUAAAAAACCCCUAACAGAAAGGUCUCUUGAAGUAACAGGUUUAACAGAGGGAAUUGAGUAUGAGUUCCGAGUCAUUGCUGUCAACAUGGCUGGGCUGGGAAAACCCAGUGAACCCUCUGAAGGCACCACCGCACAGGAUCCUAUUACUCCUCCUGGACCUGUUAUAAACCCAACUGUGACAGAUACCACCAACAGCACAAUCAGUCUCACUUGGACUGUACCAGCUAACAAUGGUGGAAGCCCCAUUAUUGGUUACUUAGUGGAAUGCAAGAGAACCAACACAACAGACUGGAUCCGCUGCAAUGUCCCCAGGAACCUACAGGACACUAACUAUGUCAUUCAGAACUUAAUUGACAAAGCAGAGUACCAGUGUCGCAUCACUGCUGUCAAUAAAGUAGGCUUCAGUGAGCCAGCUGAAAUCCCAGGCAAACAUGUUGCCAAGGAUAUCAUAGUUGCUCCUGAGGCAGAGCUAAGUGCUGACCUGAAAGAGCUCCUUGAACUUAAUGCUGGCAGCAAUAUGAAGUUGUAUGCAACCAUCAAGGGUCGUCCCACUCCCAAGGUCACAUGGGCAAAGAUGAACACCAACAUUAAGGGCCGUCAGGGCAUUGUCAUCAAAUCUAGCAACAUUGACACCAUGGUCAUGGUGGAGAAAGUCAACAGAUAUGAUGCUGGCAAAUACAUUCUGUCUCUGGACAGCUUGGCUGGCAUGAAGAUGUAUACCAUUGUUGUCAAAGUUCUUGAUACACCUGGUCCACCAGUAAACCUGAUGGUGAAAGCGACAUCCAAAGACAGUGCAGACAUCCUUUGGGAUGCUCCUCUGAUUGAUGGGGGUUUUGAAGUCACCCACUACAUAGUAGAAAAACGUGACACUGAAAGAAAGGCCUGGUCUGUUGUCUCAAACAACUGCACCAAGACUUCUUUUGAGGUUCCAGACCUAGAUGCUGGGCGGUCCUACUUCUUUAGAGUGUCAGCAGUCAACAAGCUUGGUACUGGAGAAUCUUGUGAAACAGCCGAUUCUGUCAGAGCAACAGAGGAGCCUGGGCCUGUCAUGGACUUCAAAACCUUGCUGGUGACCAAAGACUCGUGCACUCUAAGCUGGAAGAAACCCCUCACUGAUGGAGGCAGUCGCAUUAUCUGCUACGUGCUAGAGGUUCUCAAUGGUGAAGACAAAUACAAGGAACUUAUGAGGUCCAAGAACAUGCAGUAUAGUGCCAAGGACCUUGUGGAGGGUAGAGAGUACAAGUAUCAGGUCAAAGCUGUAAAUGAUUCAGGAGAAAGCUCUGCUAAGGAGCUGACUGUCAUUGCUAAGGACCAAAUUAUUCUUCCAAGCUGUGACUUAAGAGAGUUGCCCAACAUGUGCUACAUUGCCAAAGAGGGCAGCACCGUUCGUUUAAAGAUUCCAAUUGUUGGGAAACCUACACCCAAGGUCACCUGGAAAAAGGGAGAUGAUGAAGAUUUGACAGAUACUGGCAGGGUUUGUGCUGAGUCAUCUGCAGUCAACACCACCCUCCUAAUCAGGGACUGUCAGAGAACUGAUGCUUCCAAGUACACCAUCACCUUAAGAAACAGUGCUGGCACCAAAGAAUCCACCAUCUUCAUCAGGGUGGUAGGCAAACCCGGCAUCCCUGGUGGACCAAUAAAAUUCAAGGAUGUUACUGCUGAUGGUGCUACACUAAAGUGGGGUGUUCCUAAGGAUGAUGGUGGCUCUGAAAUCACAAACUACAUCCUGGAAAAAAGGGACUCCAUCACCAACAUGUGGGUGAAUAUUUCAUCCUCUGUGGAGACAAAUACAAUGAGGGUGACAGGUCUCCAUGAGGGCACAGAAUAUAUCUUCAGAGUCAGUGCAGAGAACAAAUAUGGUGUUGGGGAGGGACUGAAGUCUGAUCCUGUUGUUGCAAAACAUCCAUUUAAUGUACCUGAUGCACCACCUCCUCCUCAAAUCAUGAGUAUGCGGCAUGAUUCUGCAUAUCUUGCCUGGUCUGACCCCAGAAAGACGGGAGGGUCUCCUAUUACAGGAUACCAUGUUGAAUUUAAGGAGAGGAACAGUAUGUUGUGGAAAAGGGCCAGUCCAUCUGCCUUAAAGAUGAAGGAACACAAAGUCACUGGACUAACUGAAGGCUUGGAGUAUGAGUUCAGAGUAAUGGCCAUUAACUUGGCUGGAAUUGGCAGACCGAGUGCUCCAACUGAUCCACAGGUAGCCCUAGAUCCCAUCGAUGCACCUGGUAAACCGGAUGUAAUCAGCAUUACUAGAACCAAUGUGACCCUCCAGUGGACUGAACCUCAAUUUGACGGCGGCCACAGAUUGACAGGAUACAUUGUAGAGAAGCGUGAUUUGCCUUCCAAGAUCUGGGUGAAAGCCAACAAUGUGAAUGUUGUGGAACCUGCAUUUACUGUUGCUGAUCUACAAGAGGGCUGCAAAUAUGAGUUCAGGAUCAGGGCAAAGAAUGCUGCAGGUGCCCUCAGCCCACCCUCUGAGCAGACAGAUACCAUUAUGUGUACAGAUGAAUAUGCUGCACCAACCAUUAUCAUUGAUGCUCAAGUAAAGGAAGGUCUGACUGUCAGAGCAGGUGAUACGAUUGUUGUGACUGCAACAAGCAUUUUAGGAAAACCUGCACCAACCUCAUUCUGGUCAAAGGGAGGAAAAUACUUCAAACCCUCUGACCUAGUUCAAAUUGAAACCACUCCAACAUCAUCCACUUUAUCUGUAAAAUAUGCUAGCAGAAAGGACUCUGGAGAAUAUAUCAUCACAGCCACCAAUCCCUUUGGUGUAAAGGAGGAAACUGUCAAGGUCAAAGUUCUGGAUGUUCCUAGUGCUCCUGGACCCAUUGAAUGUAGUGGUGUAUCCUCUGAAAAGGUGAUUCUUACUUGGACAGCCCCUACAGCGGAUGGAGGCUCUCCUAUCAAAUAUUACACCCUGGAAAAGAGGGAAACUAGCCGUCUGCUCUGGACAGUCCUGGAAGAGAACGUCAUUGACUGUCACUAUGUGGCCAACAAACUCAUUCAGGGCAAUGAAUAUUUCUUCAGAGUCUCUGCUGUGAACCAGUAUGGAGCUAGUGAGCCAUCUCAUUCUGAAGCUGUCAAGAUGGUUGACAGAUUUGGUCCCCCUGGUCCGCCAUCUAAACCUGAAGUUGAGAAAGUUGAUGGACAUUCAGUAACUUUGACUUGGAGAAGACCUGCUGAAGAUGGAGGAAGUGACAUUAUUGGCUAUAGUAUUGAGAAAAAAGAAAAGAAAGCGAUGCGCUGGGUUAGGGCAUCCAAGAAAACCAUUGCUGAGCUCAGUUUUGAAGUCACUGGACUCACUGAGGAUGUUGAAUAUGAGUUCCGUGUUCUUGCUGAGAACAGAGCUGGUUUUGGAGAGCCAAGUGAGCCAUCUAUGCCUGUCAAAACAAUAGUUGCUGCCUAUGUUCCAGGACCUCCUGUCAAUCCAAGAGUAACAGACACAACCAAAACUACUGCUACACUGAACUGGGGGAAACCUCUGGAUAAUGGUGGGCUUGAAGUCAUUGGAUAUGUAAUUGAGCACAGAAAAGAGGGAACAGAAGAAUGGAUUAAGGAUACCCCUUCGUCACCACUCAGAAUCACAGAGUUUGUUGUCCCUGGCUUGGAAACUGGUGCCAAGUACCAUUUCAGGAUUAGUGCUGUAAAUGCCAAAGGAGCUGGUGAACCUGGUGAAACCCAGGAAUUGGUUCAAAUUGUAGAACAUGCUGCCGAGCCUGAUUUAGAGUUGGAUAUUGAGCUGAGGAGAACCCUUGUUGUUAGAGCUGGUUGCUCCGUCCGUCUCUUUGUGCCAAUCAAAGGUAGACCUGCUCCCAAAGUCACUUGGAGUAAAGAGGGUGGCCCUGUUCCACGUGCAGUCAUUGAUAGCACUGAAUCUUUCACGAUGCUACUUAUUCCUGAGAGUUCAAGGGUUGAUGCUGGCAAAUAUGAGAUUACCCUUGAAAACUCUGCUGGAAAGAAAAGUGCUGACAUUCAUGUGAGAGUUUUGGAUUCACCUGGACCUCCUCUUAACCUCAAACCAGUAAAGAUAGACAAAGAAAGUAUUACACUUCAGUGGGAUAUUCCUUUAAUUGACGGAGGAGCCAAAGUCACAAAUUACAUAAUUGAGAAAAGAGAAUCAACACGCAAGGCUUUUGCUACUGCAAUUACAAAGUGCCCCACAACAUCAGUCAGAAUUGGUGACUUAGGGGAAGGCUGUGAGUACUACUUCAGAGUGUCUGCUGAGAAUGAGUUUGGCAUUGGAGAGGCAGUUGAAACUACUGAUCCAAUUCGUGCAUCUCAAACACCUACGCCUCCAGAAAGCAUUAUUCCCACUGACAUAACAAAGAACUCUGUGAGCCUGGCAUGGACCAAACCCAAACAUGAUGGUGGAAGCAGAAUUUCAGGAUAUGUUCUAGAAGCCAAGAAGAAGGGAACAGACCAGUGGGCGCAUGUUACAACAGUGAAGACCAUGGACUUCACAGUGAAGAACCUUAAUGAAAAUGAGGAAUAUAUUUUCCAUGUCAUGGCUGUCAAUCAAUCUGGCAGAAGUGCUCCACGUGAGAGCAAGCCCAUUAUUGUCAAAGAUUCUACAUCACUUCCUGAGUUUGACUUACGUGGUGUAUGUCAGAAGACUGUUAUUGCCAAAGCAGGGGAUGACAUUAAGGUUGAAAUUCCAGUUAUGGGGCGUCCUAGACCAACAAUUUCUUGGCAGAAAGAUGGAGCAGCCCUAAAACUCACCCAAAGAAUCAAUGUAGAAACUACUGCAGCUACUGUUAUUAUCAGCAUCAGUGAAUGCACUAGAGCUGACAGUGGUGUUUACACCAUGACAGCCAAGAACAUUGUUGGAUCUGUGACAGAGAACAUAAUCAUCAAAGUGCAUGAUAUACCUGGGCCACCAAAAGGACCAGUGAAGAUUGUGGAAAUAUCACGCACCUAUUGUAUCUUUUCUUGGGAUGCUCCUGAGAAUGAUGGAGGUAUUCCAAUUAAUAACUAUGUGGUUGAAAUUAGAGACACCACUUCCCAAACAUGGACUGAACUUUCAUCUACUGUUAUUCGCACAGUAUUUAAAGCUAUUCGACUAACCACUGGAUCAGAGUACCAGUUUAGAAUAAAAGCUAAAAAUAGAUAUGGUGUUGGACCUCCCAUCACCUCAGAGGCAGUGGUUGCUGCCUAUCCAUUCAAAGUACCUGGGCCACCAGGAACUCCCAGUGUAGUUGCAUUCACCAAAGACUCAAUAACAAUUGGCUGGAAUGAACCUGUCUCUGAUGGUGGAAAUGAAGUUAUUGGUUAUCAUGUUGAGAGGAAGGAAAGAAGUGGCAUUAUAUGGCAUAGGAUCAGCAAUAGUCUUGUGAAAGGCAAUGUUUUUAAGUCAACAGGGCUUGAAGACGGAGUUGCCUAUGAAUUCCGUGUCAUGGCUGAAAACAUGGCUGGAAUUGGUAAACCCAGUAAAGCUUCAGAGCCAAUACUAGCCUUGGACCCUGUGGAUCCACCAGGUCAGCCUGUGCCAAUUUUUGUUAACAAGAACGCCAUCACAGUUCAGUGGACAAAGCCUGCCUAUGAUGGCGGCUUUAAGAUCACUGGUUAUACAGUAGAAAAAAGAGAAUUGCCUGCUGGUCGUUGGACCAGAGCUAACUUUACCAACAUUAUUGAAACAGCAUUCACUGUCAGUGGACUCACUCAGGACAUCUCAUAUGAGUUCCGUGUCAUAGCCAGAAACUCAGCAGGAGCUGUGAGCAUACCAUCCGAACCAUCUGACCCAAUUACAUGUAAAGAUAACAUAAUUGAGCCACGUAUUAUGGUCGAUGCCAUCUUUAAGGACACCGUUCUUUUGAAAGCAGGAGAGUCUUUUAAGCUUGAAGCUGAUAUUGCUGGUCAGCCAAUCCCAUCUAUGGCUUGGACAAAAGAUGGAAAGGAAGUUGAGAACACAAUGAAACUGGAGGUUAGGUUUACUGAACUGACAACUAUUCUGACUAACAAGGACUCUGUUAGAUCAGAUGGAGGUGAAUUUGUGUUGACUGCUACAAAUGUUGGUGGAUUUGCAAAACAUGUCUUUAACGUAAAAGUGCUUGACAGACCUGGACCACCAAUUGGCCCUCUGAAAGUGUCUGAUGUAACUGCUGACAACUGUGUACUUACGUGGGCUCCACCAGCGGAUGAUGGUGGUGCCAAAAUCGAAGAAUAUGUAGUUGAGAAACGCGAAUCAAGUCGACUGGUUUGGACCAAUGUAAUUUCAGGUUUGCAAGUUACCCAGCACAAAGUAACUAAGCUACUCAAAGGAAAUGAAUAUAUAUUCAGAGUAAUGGCUGUGAACAAAUAUGGUUUUGGAGAAUCUCUUGAAUCAGAACCCACUAUUGCAGACAACCCAUUUGUGAAACCUGACCCCCCAGAAAACCCUGAGGUGACAGCUAUUACUAAAGAUUCGAUGGUUGUCAUGUGGCAAGCACCUAAGAGUGAUGGUGGAACUCCUAUCACCAACUACAGUAUUGAAAGGAAAGACAGAGCUGGCCUUCGAUGGGUUAAAUGCAAUAUAAGAAAAGUUAAGGACCUACAGUUCAAGGCAACUGGGCUUACUACAGGACAUGAAUAUGAAUUUAGAAUAUUUGCUGAGAAUGCUGCUGGAGUGAGUGUACCAAGUGUGCCCAGUCUAUUUUAUAGAGCCACUGAUGGGCUGUACAAGCCAGGAGCUCCAUGUAACCCCAGAAUCCUGGACACGACCAAAUCCUCAAUUACUGUUGCCUGGAACAAACCUGUAUAUAGUGGUGGCUCUGAAAUCACUGGUUACAUUGUUGAGAGAUGCAUCCCAUGUGAAAAAGAAGAAGAGGAGGAAUGGACCAUUGUUACUCCUAAGGAAGGUCUUCUCGCAACUUCAUUUACCCUCACUAAUCUUAAAGAAAACCAGGAGUAUAAGAUUAGUAUUUCCGCCAUGAAUAGCGAAGGAGUUGGAGAAGCAGCAUUUAUUCCUGAAAAUCCAAAAGCUGAGGAUAGACUCCUUCCUCCUGAGAUGGACCUGGAUGCUGAGCUCCGCAAAGUAGUCAGUCUACGAGCUUGCUGCACACUUAGACUGUUUGUUCCAAUAAGAGGCAGACCAGCUCCUCAAGCUAAGUGGUCUAAAGGUGAUGGUGAGCCUUUAGAGAGAGCAACCAUUGACAGCACGUCAUCAUACACAUCACUUGUAAUUGAAAAUGUAAACAGAUUUGACAGUGGAAAAUAUAACCUCACAAUUGAAAACAGCUCUGGUUCCAAAACUGUGACAGUUCAGGUAAGGGUUCUUGAUACACCAAGUGCGCCACAAAAUCUAAAAAUUACCUCUGUCACAAACGAAGCUGUCACAUUAACAUGGGAUCCACCAAUGAACGACGGAGGAGUCAAAAUUAAGAAUUAUAUAGUUGAAAAGCGUGAGUCAACACGGAAAGCAUAUGCCACAGUUAAAGCCACUUGCCAUAGUACUUCCUUUACAGUUGACCAACUUCUGGAAGGCUGCAAUUAUUAUUUUAGAGUUUUAGCUGAAAAUGAAUAUGGCAUUGGCUUGCCCAUCGAAAUGCCUGAAUCAGUUAAAGUGUCUGAGAAGCCACAGCCACCUGGUAAAAUCACUCUUAAAGAUGUCACUAAAAACAGUGUAACUCUAUCAUGGGAAAAACCAGAACAUGAUGGUGGCAGCAGAGUAGGCUGUUAUGUUGUUGAGAUUCAGCCUAAGGGUGUGGAUAAGUGGACCCAGGCUAUGAUUGUGAAAGACACAGAAGCUACUAUAAGUGGACUAAAUGCAGGGGAAGAGUAUAUGUUCCGUGUAGCAGCAAAGAAUGAGAAAGGAACUAGUGAUCCUCGUCAAAUUGGCGUCCCUGUGAUAGUCAAAGAUCUCAUCAUUGCUCCAGUUGCUAAAAUGUUGUUCAAUACGUUUAGUGUGUUGGCAGGAGAAGACUUGACAGUGGAGGUUCCAUAUGUGGCACGACCCAAAGCAGCUGUUACCUGGAUAAAAGAUGGUCAGCCUCUGAAAAGAACUACCAGGGUCAACUUUGGUGCAUCAGACACAAUGCUGGACCUCAACAUUAAAGAGGCAGCUAAAGAUGAUGUUGGCCAAUACACUAUUACUCUUGGCAAUACUGCUGGAGAAACAAAAGUAAAUAUUGGUAUUGUUGUUCUAGACAAACCUGGCCAGCCCAGAGGGCCAGUUAAGGUAGAGGAAGUUACUUCUGAUAGUAUAACAAUUUCCUGGAAUCCACCUGAAUAUGAUGGUGGAUGCACCAUUAAAAACUAUGUCGUGGAGAAAAGGGACACAUCCACAACGAACUGGAUGGUUGUAACUCACAAUCUAGCAAGAACAAAAAUUAAGGCAGGCAGACUUAAGACUGGCUCUGAAUAUCAGUUUAGGAUUGUGGCUGAAAACAGAUAUGGAAAAGGCCCAGCUCUUUCUUCAGAAUGUAUUGUUGCUCAGUACCCAUACAAGCUCCCAGGACCACCGGGAACACCAAACAUUGCAGCCUGUUCUAAGGACAGCAUGGUUGUAGCCUGGAAUGAGCCUGUGAAUGAUGGUGGAACUACUAUCUUAGGCUAUCAUCUUGAACGUAAAGAGAGAAAUAGCAUCUUAUGGGUCAAACUAAACAAGUCUCUCAUUACUGACCAAACAUUUAAAACGACAGGUCUAGAACCAGGAAUGGAGUAUGAAUACAGAGUUUAUGCAGAAAACAUUGUAGGAAUAGGCAAAGCAAGCAAAGUGUCUGAAGGGCAUAUUGCAAGAGAUCCUUGUGAUCCUCCUGGCACUCCAGAAGCAACAAAGAUCACAAAAGACUCCAUAACAAUUGUUUGGACCAAGCCUGAAUAUGAUGGUGGUGCAAAGGUAACUGGUUAUAUUGUUGAAAAGAAGGAACUUCCUGAGGGUCGUUGGUUGAAGGCCAAUUUCACAAAUGUGAUUGAGACAGAAUAUGUUGCAACUGGACUUGUGCAAGAUAACCAAUAUGAGUUUCGGGUUAUUGCUAGAAAUGCUGCUGGUGUUUUCAGUUUACCCUCAUACAGCACUGGCCCUAUAACCGCCAGGGAUGAGAUUGAACCACCACGCAUCAGCAUUGACCCUGAAUAUACACAGACUCUUGUGGUUAAUUCUGGAGACAACUUCAAAAUUGAUGCUGAUGUUCAUGGCAAACCAUUGCCCUCCAUUCACUGGCUGAAGGGAGAACAGGAGCUUGGCAAUACAAUUCAUAGAGAAAUUAAGAACACACCCACUAAAGCUUACAUAUCUGUAAAGGAAUCUAAACUUUCAGAUGGAGGACAAUACACACUGUUGCUGAAAAAUCCUGGAGGAGAAAAGGCUACCCAAGUCAACGUUGUUGUCCUUGAUAAACCGGGGGAACCACAAGGACCUCUUAUUGUUACAGGCAUUGCCAAAGAUCAUUGCUCUCUUGCUUGGAAACCACCACUUCAGGAUGGUGGCAGCAAAAUAUCUCACUAUAUUGUUGAGAGAAGAGAGACAAGUCGGCUUGUCUGGACUGUUGUUGAUCCAAAAGUAAAGAAUGUUUGUCUCAAAGUAAAUAAACUUCUUGAAGGAGAUGAAUAUAUCUUCAGAGUUCAUGCAGUCAACCAGUUUGGAGUGGGUGCACCACUUGAGUCUGCUCCUGUUCUAAUUAAAGAUCCAUUUGUCCUACCUGGAACACCAAAGAAUGUAGACGUUUCCAAUGUCAAAAAGGAUUCGAUGGUGCUCAGCUGGGAGGUUCCUUCUGAAGAUGGUGGUAGUCCCAUUACUGGAUACAUAAUUGAGAAACAUGACAAAGAAGGAGUGAGAUGGACAAGAUGCAAUAGGCAAACAGUUACAGAUCUGACCUUUAAAGUAACUGGCUUACUGGAAAGCCAUAUUUAUGAAUUUAGAGUUGCUGCUGAAAAUGCUGUGGGUGUUGGGGAGCCAAGCACCUCAACUGUUUUCUACAAAGCUCUUGAUCCCAUAUUCCGACCAGGCCCACCACAAAAUCCCAAGGUCACUGACACAACAAAAUCAUCAGUACUUUUGUCAUGGGGAAAGCCUGUAUGUGAUGGAGGCUGUGAGAUUCAGGCGUAUAUUGUUGAGUGUUGCAUUGCCACAGAACCAGUGGUGCAACCUGAAGCACCAGAUGCAUCAGCCUCUACCACAGAUGUACCUGCUGAGAAUUGGAUAAUAUGCACACCCCCGACAGGUGUGAAGACAACUAAAUUUGAAGUUGGAAAUCUGAAGGAAAACCAAAUGUACAAGUUUAGAGUGUGUGCUAUCAACAAGGUAGGAGUUGGUGAGCAUGCUGAUCUCUCUGGCGCUGUGGUUGUGCAGGACAGGACAGAAGAGCCAGACCUUGACAUUGACCCAGAACUUAGAAAGAUUGUGUCCAUCAAAGCUGGUGCUUCCCUUAGAUUGUUUAUCCCCAUUAAAGGAAGACCCAUUCCUACCAUUAAAUGGGACAAAGAUGAAGAGGCUCUCAAAGAAACUGCUCAGGUUGAAAUAACCAGCAGUUAUACAUCCCUUGUAAUUGAUAAAAUGAGCAGAAAUGACAGUGGAAAAUAUACAGUUACUGCUCAGAACUCCAGUGGUACCAAGUCUGCAUUUGUUGUCGUCCGUGUUCUAGAUACACCCAGCGCCCCAGUUGCUCUUAAAGUGAAAGAAAUUACAAAUCAGUCAGUGACACUGGCGUGGGAGCCACCUCUUUUAGAUGGUGGAUCCAAGAUUAAGAACUACAUUAUUGAAAAGAGAGAAAGCACACGUAAAACCUAUGCUGCUGUUGUGACAAAUUGUCAUGCUCUUUCAUGUAAGAUUGAACCCCUUCAAGAAGGCUGUAGUUACUAUUUCAGAGUCCUAGCUGAAAAUACUUUUGGUGUUGGCUUGCCUGCAGCAACAGUAGACCCUCUUAAGGUUUCAGAAGUGCCUCAGUCUCCAAAAAGUUUGACUGUUACAGAUCAGACAAAAACAAGCAUCUCUCUGGCAUGGGAUAGGCCAGAAUAUGAUGGUGGAAGCAGAGUUCAACAAUAUCUGCUUGAGGUACAGUUGAAGGGCCAGGACAAAUGGUCUGGUGUAAAUACAUUUAAGACUAUGGAGACUACAGUGUCCAAUCUGAAUCCAGGACAGGAAUAUCUGUUUAGAGUUACUGCAAUCAAUGACAAAGGAAAGAGUGACCCAAAAGCCCUUACUGGUCCAGUGAUGACCAAGGAUCUGGUAUUUGAGCCGGAUAUCCGGCCUGCAUUCAGCAGCUACAGUGUUCAUGUUGGCAAAGACAUGAAUGUUGAUAUUCCCAUCUUUGGUCGCCCUAAGCCAACAAUUGCAUGGACGAAGGAUGGAGCCCCAUUGAAGUUUACCACCAGAGUAAAUAUUCACAAUACAACUACACAUACAACUCUAAGCAUUAAGGAGGCAACAAGUGACGAUAUUGGUAUGUAUACUAUAACUGCCACUAACUCAGCAGGAAAGAAGGAAAGUGCAAUUGAAAUAAUUGUUCUGGACAAACCUGGACCUCCAUCUGGUCCAGUGAGGUUUGAUGAAAUCACAACACAGAGUGUCACAAUUUCAUGGAACCCACCAAAACAUAUUGGUGGGAGCCAAAUCUCAAACUACAUUGUACAAAAAAGAGAUACUACCACAACAACAUGGGAGAAUGUGACCACCAACUGUGCUAGAACAACCAUCAAGGUUACUAGACUAAAGACGGGAGCUGAGUACCAGUUUAGGAUCAUUGCCCAGAAUCGCUAUGGAAAAAGUCAAGGUCUAGAUUCAUCAGCUGUAGUGGCUCAAUAUCCUUACAGAGAGCCAGGCCCACCAGGAACUCCCUUUAUUACUUCUCUCUCCAGAGACCACCAAAUUGUUGAGUGGCAUGAACCUAUAAUAGAUGGAGGAAGUUCUGUUCUUGGAUACCAUCUUGAAAGAAAGGAGAGAAAUAGUAUUCUCUGGGUCAAGAUCAAUAAGACACUUAUUCAUGAGACUAGUUUCAAGAGUCAUCCAUUGGAGGAGGGUAUAGAAUAUGAAUACAGGGUCUAUGCUGAAAAUAUUGUUGGCAUUGGAAGAAGCAGUAAGAUUUCAGAGGGUUGUGUUGCCCGGGACCCAUGUGAUCCCCCUGGCACACCAGAAGCUGUCCAUGUGACCAAGGAUACAAUUGUCAUUCAGUGGACUAAACCAGAAUAUGAUGGAGGCAGUAAUAUUACUGGCUACAUUAUAGAAAAACGUGAUCUGCCAGAAGGCAGGUGGGUAAGGGCAAACUUCACAAAUGUGAUUGAGACUCAGUUUACUGUUUCUGGUCUCACAGAAAAUGCACAGUAUGACUUUAGAGUCUUUGCUAAAAAUUCAGUUGGAACAGUCAGCAAGCCAUCAUACAACAGUGGACCUAUAACAGCAAGUGACAAGGUCGAGUCUCCGAAAUACUCAAUUGACCCUGCUUUUACCAAGACUGUUAUCGUAAAUGCUGGAGAGACAUUCCGGUUGGAUGCAGAUGUCCGUGGCAAGCCACUGCCUUCGGUCCAGUGGUUCAAGGAUGAAAAGCCAGUUGAGAAUACAAUCAGACUAGAGAUCAAAAACACAGAAAAUCAUGGAAUGAUCAUUGUUAAGGACUGUGUUAGAGUUGAUGGUGGAAUUUACACACUUCUGCUGACAAAUGAGGCUGGCAGUGAAACUGUUCCAUUUAAGGUUUUGGUAAUGGAUAGACCUAGUACAUGUGAAGGGCCUCUCCAUGUCACUGGAGUAGCUGAGGAUAGAUGCACACUGGCAUGGCGGGCACCACUACAUGAUGGAGGUAAUCCUAUUACCCAUUACAUCAUUGAGAGGAGAGAGACAAGUCGCCUAGCUUGGACUGUUGUUUCUACUACCUGUAACACCACAUGCUAUAAAGUUACUAAAUUACUGGAGGGCAAUGAGUAUAUGUUCCGUGUAAUGGCAGUUAACAGCCAUGGAGUCAGUGAGGCACUGGAAUCUGCUGCAGUUACUAUGAAGAAUCCUUUUGUUCCACCUGGUUCACCUCACAUUGAAGACAUAUUCAACAUUACCCAUGAUGGCAUGACAAUAACUUGGUCUGCCCCUGAGACUGAUGGUGGCACCGAGAUUAUAGGUUAUAUAAUUGAAAAGAAGGACAGGGCUGGAAUCAAGUGGACCAGAUGUAACAGACAAAAAAUAAUUGAUUUGUCAUAUAGAGUUACAGGCCUAACCACAGGUCAUGAGUAUGAGUUCAGAGUAUCUGCUGAGAAUAUUGUUGGUCCAGGAGAACCAAGCCUUCCUAGUUCAUACUACAAAGCAUCUGACCCCAAGUACAAACCUGGUGCCCCAGCAUAUGUCAAUGUAAUUGACUCUACAAAAACCUCCAUCACAGUUUCUUGGGGAAAACCUCUGUCUGAUGGUGGUAGUACCAUCCAAGGAUACAUUGUUGAAGUAUGCAAAGCUGAAGAGGAAGAAUGGAAGAUGGUUACACCCCCUACUGGUCUCCGUGUCAACAAAUAUGAAAUUCCUAAACUUACUGAGGGCCAGGAAUACAAAAUUCAAGUGUGUGCUUUGAACAAAAUGGGAGUUGGUGAACCAGUUGUUCUUUCUGGAACGGCAAAGCCAGAGGAAAGGAUGGAUCCACCACAAAUUUAUCUUGACUCCGAGCUGAGAAAAGGCAUCACUGUAAAAGCUGGUGGAUCUGUUAGAAUCUAUAUUCCUUUCAAGGGCAGGCCAACACCUGAGAUUAAAUGGACAAAGGAUGAUGGAGACCUUUCUGAAAAAGCUGUGGUUGAGAAAGCUGUGAACUUCACACAGCUCUCUAUUGACAGUUCUGACAGACAUGACUCAGGAAAAUACACCCUAAGCCUGACAAAUAGUAGUGGCUCAGUCUCUGAGUUUGUUUCAGUAAAAGUCCUUGACACGCCUGGGGCUCCACAGAACCUUGUGGUUAAAGACAUCAAAAAGGAUUCUGUUACACUUGUAUGGGAUGCACCAGCAAUUGAUGGAGGUUCGAAAAUCAAGAACUAUGUCAUUGAUAAGCGAGAAUCAACAAGGAAGGCUUACGCAAAUGUGUCCACAAAAUGCACCAAGACCACAUUUAAAGUUGACAAUUUAAUUGAAGGAGCUAUGUACUACUUCAGAGUCAUGGCUGAGAAUGAUUAUGGAAUUGGUCUGUGUGUAGAGACAAAAACUGCUUCAAAAGCCUCUGAAGUGCCACUGCCUGUUGGAAAAGUGUUUCUUACAGAUGUCACAAAAACCAGUGCUACACUGGCCUGGGAGAAACCUGAACAUGACGGUGGCAGUAGGAUUGGUGGUUACCUGAUUGAGAUGCAGCCUAAGGGCACAGAUAAGUGGGGAGUUGCAGGAAACCCAAAGACUUGUGAAGGAACUGUUACAGGUCUGACAGCAGGCAUAGAAUACUUAUUCCGGAUCAUUGCUUACAAUGAGAAAGGAAAGAGUGAGCCAAAGGCACUUGCUGCACCAGUGAUUGCAAAUGACAUGACCAUAGAACCAAGCAUCAAGAUGCAAUUUAAUACCUACAAUGUGUUAGCUGGAAAAGAUCUUAAACUGGAAUUCCCUGUACUUGGAAGGCCCAAACCUAAAAUCAGCUGGGCAAAGGAUGGUCAGGCUUUAAAGGUGACCUCUAGAGUUAAUGUUUUUAACACUCCAUUAACAACUGGAAUUCAGAUUACGGAGGCAUGUAAGGAAGACUUUGGCAAAUAUUCUAUUACUGCAACAAGCACUGUCAGCACCAUCACAGAAGAUGUGACUAUUAUUAUCCUCGACAAGCCUGGCCCACCGAAAGGUCCAGUUAAAGUGGUGGAAGUAAGCAACACUUUUGUCCAUCUAUCUUGGGAGCCCCCAGCGUACACUGGUGGUUGUCAAGUUAAGAACUACAUAGUAGAAAAGAGAGAUACCACAACCACAACAUGGCAGCCAGUUGUUACACAGCUGGCUAGAACAGCUUUUAAGGUGACAAAGCUGAAAACUGGAGCAGAAUAUCAGUUUAGAAUUAUAGCAGAAAACAGAUAUGGAAAGAGUGCAUCUCUAGACUCCAAGACCAUUGUAGUGCAGUAUCCUUACAAACCACCUGGGCCUCCUGGUACACCAUAUGUUAAAUAUGCAACUAAGGAAAUGAUGAUCAUUGAAUGGAAUGAGCCAGUUACUGAUGGUGGGAGUGCAGUGAUUGGUUACCAUCUUGAAAGUAAAGAGAGAAGCAGCAUCCUCUGGAACAAACUAAACAAAACUCGAAUUACAGAUACUCAAUUCAAGAUCUGCAAUCUUGAAGAAGGCAUUGGUUAUGAAUUCAGAGUUUAUGCUGAAAAUAUUGUUGGCAUUGGACGAUGCAGUAAAGUAUCUGAGUCCUUUGUUGCUCGUGACCCAUGUGAUCCUCCUGGUGCUCCAGAAGCUGUAUAUAUUACUAAAAGUCAAAUUAAAAUUCAGUGGACCAAACCUCAGUAUGAUGGUGGUAGUAAAAUAAAUGGAUACAUUGUAGAAAGAAAAGACCUCUCCUCCCCUGAUGGUCGCUGGGUAAGAUCCAACUUUACUAAUAUAAUUGAGACAGAGUACACAGUGACUGGUCUGACAGAGAGUGAGCAGUAUGAAUUUAGAGUUAUUGCAAGAAAUGCUGCUGGAGUCUUCAGUGGGCCAUCAGAUAGCUCUGGACCUAUCACUGCCACAGAUGACAUUGAAGCACCAAGGGCCUCAAUGGACCCCAAAUACAAGGAUAUAAUUGUUGUUUGUGCUGGGGAGAGUUUGCUUUUCGAUGCAGACAUUUAUGGAACUCCACAACCUGAGGUUGUGUGGCUUAAAGAGGGCAAAGAAAUGGAGAAAGCCUUGCGCAUUGAAGUUAAAACUACACACAAAUGUGCAGCUAUGACCAUAAAGGAUGUUACCAAACUAGAUAGUGGCCACUAUGACCUUGUUCUCAAAAACAUUGGUGGUACAAAAACCUCCCCCAUCACUGUUAAAGUCCUCGACAAACCAGGUCCACCAAUUGGUCCCAUUAAAGUGUCUGAAAUCAUGGCUGAUAGGUGCAUCCUUGCCUGGUCUGAACCAGCUCUGGAUGGUGGAGCUAGCAUCAGUCACUAUGUUUUAGAGAAGAGAGAGACCAGCAGGUUGUCUUGGACUGUAGUUGCACCAGAUGUAAAAAUCCUGUACCAUAAAGUAAAAAAUUUGCUUUCAGGAAAUGAGUACAUUUUCAGAGUCAGGGCAGUGAACAAAUAUGGGGCUGGUGAUUGCCUUCAGAGUGAACCUAUUAUUGCACGCAAUCCUUACAAGCCACCAAGUGCUCCUGGAACUCCUGAAGCAAGUCAAAUCACAAGGGACUCCAUGGUUCUGUCUUGGACAGCUCCAGAAAACACAGGUGGAGUUGACAUCCAAGCUUACCAUCUUGAAAAGCGUGACAAAGAUAGUGUGAGGUGGACAAAAUGCAACAGGCAAAAGUUGACAGAAACAAACUUCAAGGUCACAGGUCUUAUGCCAGACCACUUUUAUGAGUUCCGUGUUGCUGCUGAAAAUGAGACUGGAAUAGGAGACCUCAGUGAAUUAUCCCUUUUCUAUAGAGCAUGUGAUGCUACGACACCACCUGGACCUCCACGCCACGCUAAGGUGACAGACUACACAAAGUCUUCUGUGUCCCUCUCGUGGGGUAAACCUGACUUUGAUGGUGGAGCCUACAUCAAGGGAUACAUUGUUGAAAUGAGGGAGUAUACACCACAACCAGAAUUAACUGAAGAAGCAGAAGUAGCACCAGCAGUACAAGCACCAGUUGAAAAAGAAUGGACCAUGUGUACUCCACCAACAGGUAUUCAGGUCACUAAACUCACUAUCACAGACCUGAAGGAUGGUGGAGAGUAUCAGUUCCGUGUUUGUGCCAUUAACUCAGAAGGAGUUGGGGAAGCAGCCAAUUUCCAUGGCACAGUAUUGACUUCUGACAGAGCAGAUCCACCAGAGAUGGAGUUGGAUGCAGACCUCAGAAAGGUGGUGUCUGUACGGGCUGGUGGAACUCUGCGCUUGUUUGUCCCUAUUAGAGGGAGACCUGAACCUUCUGUGAAAUGGGAGAAACUUGAGAGCACUUUAACAGAGCAUGCUGCAAUUGACACUACUACUUCAUACACCAUGCUUGUCAUUGACAAUGUUAACCGCUUUGACAGUGGGAAAUAUUCUUUAACACUGGAGAACAGCAGUGGUACAAAAUCUGCAGUUAUUUCAGUAAGAAUUUUGGAUACACCAAGUGCACCACAAAACUUCACUGUUAAGGAGCUCAAGAAAGAUUCAGUAACUCUUGCCUGGGACACACCACUCAAUGAUGGUGGUGCAAAAAUUACAAACUAUAUUGUAGAGAAAAGGGAAUCUGUGAGAAAGGCCUAUACUACUAUCACAAGCAAUUGUACUGCCAACUCAUUUAAAAUUGAAGACCUCCCUGAAGGUGGAAUAUUCUAUUUUAGAGUAUGUGCUGUCAAUGCAUAUGGUCAGGGACAGGCAGUUGAAACUAAAGAAACCAAAGUGUCUGAAGUGCCUCAACCACCAAACAAGGUAACUCUUGUGGAUGUAACAAAAACCAGUGCAUCACUGGCCUGGGAGAAGCCUGCUCAUGAUGGUGGCAGCAAAGUAAUGUGCUACAAUGUGGAAUUCAAACCUAAGAGUGGUGACAAGUGGGGCACAGCAUGUACAGUCAAAGUACCAGAAGCAACUGUUCCUAAUCUGAAUCCCAAUGAAGCAUAUCUCUUCAGAGUUGUUGCAGUAAAUGAGAAGGGAAAGAGUGAGCCAAAAGAUCUUGGAUUGCCAGUGGUGGCAAAAGAUGUUGCAAUAGAACCAUCCAUAAAUUUACUGUUUACAACAUAUAGCGUCAAGGUUGGGGAUGAUCUAACUCUUGAAGUGCCUGUGAGAGGCAGACCAAAACCUGUUGUAUCAUGGAAAAAGGAUAGCCUUCCUUUGAAACAAACAUCAUCAAUAACAAUCAUAAAUACAGCAACGUCAUCUAAAAUUAUUAUUAAAGGAGCUAACAGAGAACAUGUUGGCAAGUAUGAGAUCACCUUGGCUAACACUGCUGGAACAGUAACAGCUAGUAUUGGAGUUGUUGUCCUGGACAAACCCGGUCCACCUAAAGGAAUUAAGGUGGAUGCUGUGACUUCAGACAGCAUUACACUGUCUUGGUCCCCACCAGAAUAUGACGGUGGCUGCUCCAUCAGCAACUAUAUUGUGGAGAAGAGAGAUACAAACACACAGGAGUGGCAAAUAGUGGCAAGUAAUGUUGCCAGAACAUCUUUCAAAGCUGGCCGCCUUACACAUGGAGCAGAGUACCAGUUCCGCAUAUAUGCAGUUAACCGUUACGGAAAGAGUAGUUCCCUUGAUUCUCCAGGAAUUACUGCUCAAUAUAACUUCAAACAACCUGGACCUCCAUCAACGCCUAUUGUCAAACUGGCUACUAAGUCAUAUAUGUUGGUGACCUGGAAUGAGCCAGUCAGUGAUGGUGGUAGUCCUGUUCUGGGCUAUCAUUUAGAAAGGAAGGAGCGUUCUAGCAUUCUUUGGACAAAGAUGAACAGAGGAAUGAUCAAAGACACAGAAUACAAAGUCACUGGCGUUGAAGAGGGAAUGCUCUAUGAAUAUCGUGCCUAUGCAGAAAAUAUUGCUGGCAUUGGUAAAUGCAGCAAGGCAUGUGAACCUGUUGCAGCAAGAGAUCCAUGUGAUCCUCCAGGCACACCUGUGGUUACUGCUAUUACAAGAACAUCUGUCUCAUUAUCUUGGGAUAAACCAGAGUAUGAUGGCGGAUCCAAGGUUUCUGGCUACAUUAUUGAGCGGCGAGACCUUCCUGAGGGUAGAUGGACCAGGUGCAACUUCACCAAUGUGCCGGAGACUUACUAUGAUGCUACAGGCCUUACAGAGAACAGCCAGUAUGAUUUCCGUGUCAUUGCAAAGAAUGCUGCUGGACAGUUCAGUAUCUCAUCAUUCAAUACAGGCCCAAUUACUGUCAAGGAUGAUGUAGAUCCACCACGCAUCAUGAUGGAUGUCAAGUUUAGAGAGACUGUGUUUGUGAAAGCAGGAGAAACACUGAAGAUUAAUGCUGACCUUGCUGGACGUCCUGCCCCUGUCAUCUGCUGGACAAAGGAUGGCAACGAGAUUGAGCUGAGAGCCAGAAUUCAGAUUAUUUCAACAGAUACAAGCACCUGUGUUGUUAUAAAGGACUGUGUCAAAAGAGAUUCUGGACAGUAUGUCCUAACUCUCCAGAAUAUUGGGGGAACAGUUACUAUGCCAAUUAAUUGUGUGAUAAUCGAUAAACCAGGGCCCCCGGCAGGCCCUCUCCAGAUCACUGGUCUUACAGCUGAAGACUGCACUCUGUCAUGGGGUCCUUCUCAGGAAACUGGUGGUGCUAAAAUCACACAUUAUGUUGUUGAGAAGCGUGAGACCAGUCGUUUGGCAUGGACAUUGGUAAAGGGCGAUGUCACAAAGACCUACUUUAAAGUGACAGGUCUGCUUAAGGGUAAUGAAUAUAUCUUUAGAGUUCUAGCUGUUAACAAGCAUGGCAUUGGGGAGGCUCUGGAGAGUGAAGUUAUAAAAAUUACAGAUCCAUACACAAUUCCAACUGCUCCCGCAGGUGUUGAUGUCACUGACAUAACUGGAGAUUCAAUGACCCUUACAUGGUGUAAGCCAGCCAAUGAUGGAGGUAGUCCCAUUGCUGGAUAUGUAAUUGAACGUCGUGAGAAGACAGGCAUGCGCUGGGUCCGUGUGAACAGAGAUCUAGUUAAAGAGGUUACCAUGGUGGUGACAAAACUUCGCAGGGGUUGUGAGUAUGACUUCAGAGUCUAUGCUGAAAAUGCAGGUGGCCUGAGUCCUGCCAGUGAACCAUCUGCAACAUUCAGAGCACUAGAUCCCCUGAUUGUUCCUUGUCGUCCAACCAAGCCAAAAAUUAUAAAUUCCACCAAAGACACUGUGUCUAUCCUCUGGAGGCCACCAACAAAUGAUGGUGGUGCUCCCAUCUUAGGAUAUAGUGUAGAAUACAGAGAAUUUAUUCGCAAACCAGAGCCAGACAUUGAGGAUGAAGAGGAAUAUGAGGAGGAAGAAGUACCUGAGUCACCUGAAGAACUAGCCAGAUGGGUUGAGGCAAUACCUCUUACCAAAAGCUUGGAGUUCACAGUCACUGGAUUAAAGACAGACGUAGAGUAUGAAUUCUGUGUAAAGGCAAUAAAUAAAGUGGGCAGCAGUGUGCGUAGCCCAUACUCAGAUCCAGGUGCAGCAGCAGACAGAACAGCAGAGCCAUCAUUUGAUGUUGAUAUUGAGAUGCGCAAGGUUCUCAUUGUAAAACAUGGUACGUCAUUCACUCUUAGUGCACCAUUCAAAGGAAAACCAGCACCAACAGUUCAAUGGAGCAAAGAAGGUGUUGAUCUAACAGUAAGAGGAACCAUUGAAGCAACAGAAUCCAGCACGUCACUGACUAUUGAGAAGUCAACUAGGAAUGACUCUGGAGAGUACUGUGUCACAAUUGAAUCACCAUUGGGUAAAGCAACUUUGCCCAUGGUAGUGAAAGUGCUUGACUCUCCUGGACCUCCAAUCAAUGUCAAAGUUUCAUCUGUGACUAGAGAUUCUGCAACACUGAUGUGGGAGGCUCCAGAAAAUGAUGGUGGAGAUGCAGUAAAAGCCUACCAUGUUGAAAAACGUGAGGCAAGUAAGAAGGCCUGGGUGUCUGUGACGAGCAAUUGUCAUUCUUUGACCUAUAAAGUGGAAGACUUGCAGGAGGGUGCUGUCUAUUACUUCAGAAUUAUAGCAGAAAAUGAGAAUGGAGUGGGUACACCUCAAGAGGCGAAGGGAGGAACAAAGAUUACAGAGGUACCAAGUCCACCACUGAAACUUGGAGUUGCAAAUGUCACUAAAGACAGUGUUACACUUGCCUGGACAAGACCAGAAUAUGAUGGUGGAAGCAAGGUCACUGGUUACCUCAUUGAUGCUGUAGAGAAGGGUCAGACCAAGUGGGUGAAAUGUGCAACUGUGAGGACCUUGACUCAUAUCAUUAAGAGCCUCAGAGAAGGGGCUGAAUACUUCUUCAGAGUUCGUGCUGAAAACCAUGCUGGACUCAGUGAACCUAAGGAGAUGAUUGUUCCAGUUAUUGUCAAGGAGAUACAUGAGGCUCCAGAGUUUGACUUAAAGAACUACCCCAAGAAUACAGUAUAUGUAAAAGCAGGAUCUGACCUGACUUUUGAGAUUCCUCUUACUGGAAAACCCAUGCCAAAGGUGACAAUAUCCAAAAACAAUGUUGUCAUCAAAGGGUCCAAGAGACUUCUGACAGAAGUGACUCCUGAUAGCCUACUUAUAACUCUAAGUGAAAGCGUUUCAAGUGAUGCUGGAAAAUAUGAAGUCACUGCCUCAAAUGCAGGGGGAACAACCAAGAUCUCUCUUAUUUUCAUUGUGCUGGAUAAACCUGGACCUCCAGUUGGUCCAGUUCAGAUUGAAGAGGUUGGAGAGACCACAGUAUGUCUAAAAUGGGAUCCUCCAGCAUAUGAUGGUGGAAGUCCUGUUACCAACUAUGUUGUUCUGAAACGUGAAACAAGUACUCCUGCUUGGGUAGAGGUGUCAACUAACAUCGCCAGGAGUGCUAUCAAGGUGAAUAAGCUAACCAAGGGGGAGGAGUAUCAGUUCAGAAUCAAGGCCGAGAAUCGCUAUGGUCUAAGCAACCACAUUGACAGUAAACCAGUCAUGAUCCAACUACCUUACAUAAUCCCGGGUCCUCCAUCCACCCCAUGGGUUAGCUUUGUUUCCAGAGAGAGUUUGACAGUGUGCUGGAAUGAGCCAGUCACUGAUGGCGGAAGCCCUGUAAUUGGAUAUCACCUUCAAAUGAAAGAGAGAAGCAGCAGCAUCUGGCAGAAGGUUAAUAAAACAGCAAUACCAGGAAACCAGUGGCGAGUUACAAAUAUCUGUCCAGGCCUCAUCUAUGAAUUCAAAGUAGCAGCUGAAAAUGCUGCUGGUAUCGGAAAGAUGAGCAAGACAUCUGAAGAGGUGCUUGCGAUUGAUGCCUGUGAGCCCCCAGCAAAUGUUCGUGUCACAGAAGUCACAAAGAACUCUGUCAGCCUGACUUGGCAGAAACCACCAUUUGAUGGAGGCAGUAAGAUAACUGGCUACAGUGUGGAGAGAAGGGAAGCUCCUAAUGGCAGAUGGGUGAAAGCCAACUUUACAAACAUCAUUGAAUUGGGCUUCACUGCAUAUGGACUCACUCAAGAUGAAUCUUAUGAGUUCAGAGUUUAUGCUAAGAAUGCUGUUGGAUCUGUCAGCAACCCUUCUCUUAUUGCUGGCCCCGUCACCUGUGUUGAUGCAUGUGGUGCCCCAGCUAUUGAUCUUCCUCCUGAGUAUCUGGAUGUGGUCCAGUAUAAAGCUGGGGCUUCAGUAAAACUGAGAGUAGGAAUUAUUGCCAAGCCUCUGCCAACUAUUGUGUGGCUCAAGGAUGGAAAGGAGCUGAUAACCUCUUCUACUGUGUCUGUUGAAAGCACAACAGACUCCUCCGCUGUUCUGAUUAAGGAUGCAACUCGCUUUGACACAGGCUCAUAUGAAAUUAAGAUCAAAAAUGUUUUGGGAUCAGCUUCUGCUACAAUCAGGAUUGAAAUCCUUGACAAACCUGGACCCCCCUCUGGCCUUAUCAAUUUCAACUCCAUAACAGCAGACCGGAUAAUCUUCAGCUGGGAACCAGUUCCAGAGUCUGACCAGGGAGGUUCCAAAGUUACCCACUAUGUUGUUGAGAAGCGUGAAACCAGCAGAGUGGUCUGGUCAACUGUUUCAGAUAGAUAUGAGAAUACACACAUCACAGUCGGAAAAUUGGUGCGUGGAAAUGAGUAUGUUUUCAGAGUGAUGGGAGUUAACAAAUUUGGAGUUGGAGAGCCACUCGAGUCUGAACCGGUCAUCGCUAAGAAUGCCUUUGUAACUCCUGGCCAGCCUCAUACUCCAGAAGUAAACACGGCCACCAAGACCACGAUGCUAGUAGAAUGGGACAAACCUGGAGUGGAUGGUGGUAGCCCUGUGAUUGGCUAUUAUCUAGAGAGACGGGAUAAGAAGAGCUUGCGCUGGAUCAGAGUGUAUAAAGAUCCUAUUACUGACAUCAAACAGAUGGUGUACCACCUGACAGAAGGAAAUGAGUAUCAAUAUCGUGUCUGUGCCAUUAACAAAGCUGGGGAGGGACCAUUCUCUGAUGUGUCAGACUAUUAUAAGGCUGCUGACCCAGUUGAUCCACCAGAUGAGCCUUGCAAGCUAAAGGUUGUGGACUCAACAAAGACAUCCAUCACCUUGGGUUGGUCUAAGCCUGAAUGGGAUGGAGGUAGUGAGGUUACCAGCUAUAUGGUGGAGAAGCUUGUUGAAGGAGAGAAAGACUGGGCCAUGGUUACUUCUAAGGGUGAGGUUAAGACUACAGAGUACACAGUUCACAAUCUUAAACCAGAUACAAACUACUUCUUCAGAGUCUCUGCCGUGAACUGUGCUGGCCGUGGAGAACCUUUAGAGAUGACUGAGCCUGUGCAGGCCAAAGAUAUCCUGGAGGAAGCACAGAUUGACUCAGAUGUUGCCAUGAGAACUCACUAUAUUGUCAAAGCUGGUAAAGAUGUGGAGUUGUCUGUUCCAUUGAAGGGCAGACCUGCUCCCACUGCUUCCUGGAGCAAAGGAGAAGAAUGCGUAGAUCGCAAUCCCAAAUAUGAGUUCCAUCACUCAGACACAACAACUGUGCUCAUCAUGCGUGAAGUGACCAGACUUGACACUGGAAAGUACACAGUCAAGAUAGAGAAUGGUGUCGGAGAACCAAAAACACUAUCUCUAUCUGUGAAGGUACAGGAUACCCCAGCUCAGUGCAGAAACUUGGUUAUGAAGGAUGUUACCCGUGGAAAAGUCACCCUCUGCUGGGACCCUCCACUUCUUGAUGGUGGUGCUGAGAUCACAAACUACAUUGUUGAGAAGAGGGACUCCUCUAAGAGAUCAUACUCUGCAGUGACAAACAAAUGCACAAAUACUACAUACACUCUUGAAGAUCUCUCAGAAAAGACAACUUUCUUCUUCCGCGUCUUAGCAGAAAAUGAGAAUGGCAUUGGUGAUCCAUGUGAAACACAGGAACCUGUCAAGGCUACAGAAACUCCAGGACCAGUCAAAGAAAUUUCUAUGAAAGAUUCAUCUAAGACCUCUGUGACACUACAGUGGCUAAAGCCUGAUUACGAUGGAGGCAGCAUCAUCUCUGACUAUGUCAUUGAGAUAAAGCUGAAGGAUGAGGAGUGGUCAAUGGGAGGAGUCAGCAGACAAUGUGAAUCUGAGGUCAAGAAACUCAAGGAGCACUCUGAGGUGUUCUUCAGAGUUGCAGCCAGAAAUGAGAAGGGACAGGGUGAUUUUGUUGAGCAUGGCCCUAUCAAGGUCAUUGACUACAUCAUCACUCCUGAGGCAGACCUCAGAGAAUACCCAGGCGGUAGCCUCAGUGUCCGUUUGGGUCAUAAUGUGCAUAUUGAGUUGCCAUACAGAGGCAAGCCUAGACCUGCUGUGCAGUGGUUAAAGGACAGUCUGCCUCUGAAGGAAAGUGACCAAGUUCGAUUUAAGACAACUGAAAACAAAGCCACUCUAAUGAUUAAGAAUGUAAAGAAGGAGAAUGAAGGCAAAUACACCCUGAGUCUUGACAACAAGGUCAACAGGAAAUCCUUCCACAUCUUUGUCAUUACUCUUGGUCCACCAUCAAAGCCAGUUGGACCCAUUCGCCUGGAUGAAGUCAGAGCUGACAAUGUCAUGAUCUCCUGGGAUGAGCCUAAUGAUGAUGGUGGGGGAGCCAUUACUUGUUACACAGUGGAGAAACGUGACACCUCCCAAUCUAACUGGAAGAUGGCUUCCUCCCAUGUUGAGAGUACUCAGUUUAGAGUCCCCAAUUUGAUCAAGGGUGUCCAAUACCAGUUCAGAGUGUGUGCUGAAAACCGAUAUGGUGUGAGUGAACCUCUAAUCUCACAAAUGGUUAUUGCUAAGCACCAAUUCAGACCUCCAGGACCACCAGGAAAACCAGUUGUUUAUAAUGUUACUAAUGAUGGCAUGACAAUCCAGUGGGAAAAACCAAUCUAUGAUGGUGGAACUCCCAUCCAGGGAUACCAUGUGGAGAAAAAAGAAAAGAAUAGCAUCAUGUGGCAAAAAGUGAACACUGUUCUUAUAAAAGAAAUGGAUUACAGGAUUUUGGAACUCAUAGAAGGUCUUGAGUACUCUUUUAGAGUCUAUGCUCAAAAUGAUGCUGGCUUUAGCCGAAUGAGUGAUGAAAGCAAGCCAACAAUGGCUGUGAGUCCUGUUGACCCACCUGGCCAACCUGAUUACACCGAUGUAACCAGUGACUCAGUAACACUAAAAUGGGAUGCCCCUAAACGUGAUGGCGGUAGCAAGAUAACAAGCUACAGCAUUGAGAAACGUCAAGGACACGGUCGCUGGUUCAAGGCCAAUCUGACUGAAGUACAUGACUGCCAGUACACUGUCACAGGGUUGACAACAAAUGAGCGCUACGAGUUCAGAGUCAUUGCUAGAAAUGCUAUAGGCAUUGUCAGUCCCCCAUCCAACUCCUCUGGUUUUAUUGCUGUACGAAGUGAAAAUGCUCCUCCAAAUAUUGAGUUUGGGCCCGAGUACUUUGAGGGUUUGACAGUAAAGGCAGGAGAUAACAUCCGGGUGAAAGUGACCGUCACUGGACGCCCAGUUCCGAAUGUUGUCUGGUUCAAAGAUGAUGUGGAGAUUACCAAAAAGAUGAUGGACAUCAUUACUGUUCCUGGAUCCAGCACUCUGUUUGUCCGAGAUGCUGACCGCACACAUCGUGGCCUAUACACUGUAGAAGCUACCAAUGGAUCUGGAACCAAAAAGGAGACUAUUCUAAUUCAAGUACAAGACACACCAGGGGAGCCAGUAGGACCAAUCACCUUCACAAAUAUUUCAGAGGGCAAGUGCACUCUGUCUUGGAACCCACCAGAAAAUGAUGGCUGCUCUGAGAUUACACAUUACAUCAUUGAAAAACGGGAAACUGCCAAAAUUUCCUGGGCCUUAGUGUCUGAUGAAUGUAAGGAGUGUACUUUUAAUGCAACCAAGCUCAUCAAGUCCAAUGAGUACCAGUUCAGGGUGUCUGCAGUUAACAAGUUUGGUGUUGGUAGACCCCUGGAAUCCAGUCCUAUAAUUGCACAACUGCAAUACACAACUCCUGAUGCCCCAGGAACUCCUGAUGCCACUGAGGUGACAGGAGAGAGCAUAACACUGUCCUGGACUUCUCCAACAUCUGAUGGAGGCAACCCUAUUCAGCAUUAUAUUUUAGAGAAAAGAGAAAAGAAAACCGUUCGGUUUUACAAGGUGAUUACCAAAAAACCUAUCAUUGAAUGCGCUCACAAGGUGCUUAACCUAUCAGAAGAUAUGGAAUAUGAGUUCCGAGUCAUGGCUGUGAACGACGCUGGCUUUGGGCCUCCUAGCAACAUCUCUUUGCCAAUCAAGGCUGCUGAACCUAAAGACAUUCCAUGUGCUCCAUCUGUGGUUUGUGUGUCAGACUCCACAAACACUUCCAUUAGUUUGGAAUGGACCAAACCAGUUGAUGAUGGAGGCAUGGAGAUCAUUGGCUACAUCAUUGAAAUGGUGAAGGGAGAAGGCACUGAAUGGAAGAGAGUAAAUGAGGAACUUGUGUCAGAAACUAAUUAUGUGGUGACAGGUUUACAGACAGGAGCUGAGUACAAAUUCCAUGUUGCAGCAGUUAAUCAUGUAGGCAGAGGUGAAGACAAGGAGAUUCCAGAACCUGUCCAGGCUGUUGAUAGGUUAACACCACCACAGGUGGAUAUUGAUGCCACAUUUAAACAGACACACAUAGUCAAGGCUGGAGGUUCUAUAUGUUUGGGCAUUCACUUCAGAGGAAAGCCCAUUCCUUCUGCUACAUGGGUGAAGGAGGAAGGAGAACUAAGCGGAAUGUCAGAGAUCACAACUAUUGAUGGUUACAGCUCUUUAAGCAUCGAAAACUGCUCUAGAUAUGACACAGGCAAAUACACAGUCAACCUGGAGAAUUCCAGUGGUAGUAAGGCUGUUGCCUUUGUGGUAAAAGUAAUGGAUACACCUGGACCGCCACAGGCCGUAGCUUUCAAGGAAGUCUCCAGAGGAUCAGUCACACUUGUCUGGGAGCCACCUGUCAAUGACGGUGGAGCUCGUAUUCAUCACUAUAUUGUUGAGCGGCGUGAGGCUAGUCGACGGACAUGGCAGCAAUCUGGUGGCAAAUGCACACAGGGUAUUCUCAAGAUCCAGGACCUGCUGGAGGGAGUUCCUUAUUUCUUCAGAGUCUCAGCUGAAAACCACCAUGGUCUGGGUGAGGCCUUUGAGUUAACUGAACCAGUCAUUGCCACAGCAGAGCCAUCAUCUCCAAAGAGACUGGAUAUCCUCGAUACCACAGAUAAUUCUGUGUUACUAGGCUGGUUGAAGCCAGAACAUGAUGGUGGCAGCCGCAUUCAGUGUUAUGUUAUUGAGGCUAGACCAAAGGAUGGAGACAAAUGGGUAGUGGUUGGAAACACCAAGAAUCUUACCUUUGCUGUUGAAAAGCUCAAUAAGGGUGAUGAGUAUGACUUCCGUGUGAAGGCUAAAAAUGAAGCUGGUUAUAGUUUACCAAAGAAAACUCUGGCGCCCGUGCUGGUAAAGGAGCCUCACAUUGAGCCUGCUGCUGACCUUAGUGAGAUACCCAACCAGCUUGUCACAUGCAGGUCUGGCGGCACAUUCACCAUCGAUGUUCCUAUCAUUGGUAGACCUGCUCCUAAGGUCUCAUGGAAGUUGGAAGAAAUGAAACUAAAGAACUCAGACAGAGUCACAAUCAAAGUAUCUAAAGACAGAGCUAGUAUCUCAGUCAAAGAAGCCAUGAGAGGAGAUGGAGGAAAAUACUAUCUUACGCUGGAAAAUGUAACAGGAACCAAGACAUUUACGGUCGAAGUUAACGUUACAGGUAGACCAAGUCCUCCAUCUGGACCAAUUGAAAUUUCUUCCAUCACCUCUGAGUCCUGCGUUGUUAAUUGGCAACCACCUGAGGAUGAUGGUGGCACUGACAUCACCAACUACAUUGUGGAGAAGCGUGAAUCUGGCUCCACAGCUUGGCAGUUGAUCAACUCUAGUGUGAAGCGCACAUCUCUUCAUGUUAGUCACCUGACCAAAUAUAUGCAAUACACAUUCAGAAUCUCAGCUGAGAACCGAUUUGGGGUCAGCAAGCCCACUGAGUCCGAGACGAUCGUUGCAGAACAUCCCUUCUCACCUCCAGGACCUCCAACAAAACCUUCAGUAUUUAAUGUCACAGCAAACACAAUGACCCUAAGAUGGGAGGAACCCUACCAUGAUGGUGGAAGCAAGGUGACAGGCUACUGGAUUGAAAAGAAGGAGAGAAACAAUAUAUUGUGGGUUAGGGAAAAUAAGAUCCCAUGCUUUGAAUGCUACUACAAGGUGGAAGGCCUAGUUGAAGGCCUGGAAUACCAGUUCAGGGCCUAUGCCAUGAACAGUGCAGGACUCAGCAAAGCCAGUGAGGCCUCUAAGGGAGCAGUUGCUCAAAAUCCAGUUGAUCCACCAAGUAAACCUGAAGUCACCAAGGUUACAAGAACCACUGUCUCCUUGAAAUGGUCAGCUCCAUUGAAUGAUGGCGGUAGUCCAAUUGUUGGCUACAUCAUCGAACGAAAGCCCUACACUUUGACAGGCGAGGGCCGCUGGCUCAAGUGUAACUACACCAAUGUAACAGAUCAUUUCUUCACCGUUACUGCCCUUGGAGAGGGAGAGGCCUAUGAAUUUAGGGUGAUUGCAAAAAAUGCCAACCAAGUCUUCAGCACACCAUCUGAAUCCACGGGGUCUGUGCAGUGCAAGACUGAUUUUGAACCACCAAAGGCCAAUUUGGACAGCAAACUUCUCUCUGAAACUGUAGUGGUCAGAGCUGGUUCAGACCUGGUUCUGGAUGCUGCAGUGGGAGGUAGACCUGAUCCAAAGGCUUUCUGGUCCAAGGGCAACAGGGAAUUGGAGAUGUGUGAAAAGUAUCACCUGCAGUACACCCCUACCAGAGCUAUGGCCAUUAUUAAAUUUUGUGACAGAGAUGAUACUGGGAAAUACAUCCUAACAGCCAGAAACGUGAGUGGAACCAAGACUGCAGAGGUCAAUGUCAAAGUGCUUGACACACCUGGAGUGUGCGAAGGCAACAUUGAAAUCAGCAAAAUAACAGAAGAGUCAUGCACUCUAAGCUGGAAGCCUCCUCUUGAGGAUGGCGGAGAUGACAUUACACACUACAUUGUAGAGAGGCGUGAUACCAACAGGCUGAACUGGGUGAUCAUGAAUGCUGAGUGCAAGGAGCUGACAUGCAACAUCACUGGUCUGUUCAAGAACACAGAGUACUUGUUCAGAGUUCGUGGAGUCAACAAGUAUGGUUCCGGCGUUUACCUCCAGUCACAGCCGAUGGUGGCCAAAAACACAUUCACUGUUCCCACUCCUCCUGGAGCCCCAGAGAUUCUAGUUUCAGGAAAGGAUUUUGCCACUAUAGAGUGGCUAAAGCCAGAAAAUGAUGGUGGUAGCCCAAUAACUCAUUACCUAGUUGAAAGACAUGAGAAAAAGAGUGCCCGCUGGGUAAAGGUGAACAAGGAUGGUGCUCACCUGGAUACCACUCUAAAGGUGGCCGGUUUGACUGAAGGAAACAUCUAUCAGUUCAGAGUGACAGCCAUUAACAAGGCCGGCGAGAGUGAACCCAGUGAGGUUUCUCUCUAUGUCGUCUGCAGAGUGCCAACGAGCACUCCUGCACCUCCUUCUAUUCCUCGAAUCAUCGACACCCAUGCUGACAGCAUUAGCCUUGCUUGGUCUCGACCUGUGGAAGAUGGAGGUGCUGAUGUGAUUGGCUACAUUCUGGAGAUGCAGGAAGCUGGGGCAGAGGAGUGGAAGAAGGCCCAUGAAAAGACCUUGCGUGCUGCAGAGUAUGUGGUGACUGGACUUUCUGCAGGCAAGAAGUAUUGUUUCAGAGUGGCUGGUAUCAACGUCAAUGGUACAGGAGACUUUAGUGAACCAUGUGCCGAGACUGAGCCAGUGGAAAGAAUUGAACCUCCCGAUUUUGAGCUCCACGAUGACCUCAAAAAGACAAUCUGUUUGCGUGCUGGUGGCUCCCUCCGCCUUUUUGUCAGUGUCACAGGCCGUCCUGCCCCUACCAUAACAUGGAGCAAACCUGGUGUUGACCUCCAUAAUAGAGGCUUCAUUGAGGUCACAAACAAAUCCACCACUCUCAUAAUUGACAAGGUUCAUCGCUAUGAUGCUGGCAAGUACACGCUGUUGGCUGAGAACACUGCUGGGAAGCAGGAAGUCAGUAUUCUUGUCAAGGUUUAUGACACACCUGGACCAACUGGGCCAAUCAAGAUGAAAGAGCUCACUAAGGACUCUGCCACCAUUUCCUGGGAAGCCCCAGCUGUGGAUGGUGGUGCUCCUGUCAAUAACUACGUCAUUGAAAGACGAGAGGCCUCAAUGAGAGCCUACAAGACAGUAACUUCCAAGUGCAGUAAAACUUCCUAUAAGAUUGAUAAUCUGAUGGAGGGAAUGCUAUAUUACUUCCGUGUCCUCCCUGAAAACAUUUAUGGAAUUGGAGAGCCCUGCGAGACUCCAGAUGUCAUCUUGGUUUGUGAAGUUCCUCUUCCACCACAUAAGUUUGAGGUGACAGAUGUCACCAAGAGCACAGUCACUCUGUCUUGGGAAAAGCCAGAGCAUGAUGGUGGCAGUAGGUUGACAGGUUACAUCAUUGAAGCUUGCAAGUUUGGUACUGACAAGUGGAUGAAGGUGGCAACACUGAAGCUCACAGACUUUGAACACACCAUAGAGAAACUGAAUGAGAAAGAACAAUAUUUGUUCAGAAUUAAAGCUGCCAACAGCAGAGGAGCCAGUGAGCUAAAAGAACUUGUUGCUGCUGUCACUGUCCAGGAACAGAGAGUGAUGCCUGCGGUAGAUAUGGCCAGCAUUCCCCAGAAGGUUGUUAAUGUUUUGGCUGGUAAGACAUUGGAGCUGGACCUACCAAUUAUUGGCAGGCCUCCUCCUGUUUCAUCCUGGUAUUUUGCGGACAACAAGAUAAAGAUAACAGAUCGGGUGAAGGUCAAAAGCACUGGCAAGUUCUCCAAGCUAACUGUGUCUGACACAACCAUUAAUGACAGCGGUGACUACAUACUUGAAGUCAAGAAUGUUGUUGGAGUCAUCACUGAGGUCAUCAAGGUCAUCAUUCUCUCUAAACCAGAUGAACCAAACGGGCCUAUACGAUUUGAUGAGAUUGAUGCCACUACAGUCACCUGCAGCUGGGAUCCCCCAGUCAGAGAUGGUGGAGCUCCCAUUAGUGGUUAUUUAGUAGAACAGCGUGAUGCUCACAGACCUGGCUGGGUGACUGUUUCUGACUCUGUGAGCAGACCAUUGUUCAGGUUUGAGAACCUCAUUGAGGGAGAUGAAUAUGUCUUCCGUGCAGCUGCUGUGAAUCGCUAUGGCACCGGAGAGUUCCUCCAGUCUGAGAUUGUCACUUGUAGGAGCUUGAAAAAUGUGCCUGGACCUCCUGGUCGUCCAAUUACCUUUGAUGUGUCUCGUGAUGGAAUGACUGUGGCUUGGGAGCCACCAGAUGAAGACGGUGGUCUUGAGGUUUCUGGAUACAUCAUUGAGCGCAAAGAAGUAAGGGCUGACCGAUGGGUGCGUGCAAACAAGAACCCUGUCACUAUGACCAGGUACAGGUCAACUGGGUUGAUUGAAGGCCUGGAAUAUGAACAUAGAAUCACAGCCAUUAACGCAAGAGGCCUGAGCAAGCCAAGCUUGCCAUCCAAACCAGCAGUAGCAACAGAUCCCAUUGAUCCACCCGGCUGUCCUCAAAACCCAAGAAUCACAGAAACUACCAAGUCAUCUGUGUCGCUUGCUUGGAGUCCACCUGAUGAUGAGGGAGAUGCUAGAGUAGAUGGUUAUUUGAUUGAAAUGCAGAAGGUGGGCUCUGUGGCCUGGAUCAAGUGCAACACCACGCCAUCUCUCAUAUGCGAGUACACGCUGACCAACAUGCCCCAAGGAGAGGAGUUCAAAUUCCGUGUAAUGGCUUGUAAUGCUGGUGGUUCUGGAGAACCUGCAGAAGUACCAGGAACGGUCAAAGUAACAGAAAUGCUUGAAUCUCCUGAUUAUGAACUGGAGUUGAAAUACAAAGAUGUGUACGUUGUCCGUCAUGGAGGAGUGGUUAGACUCUCCGUACCCAUUAAAGGCAAACCCCUUCCAACUUGUAAAUGGUCAAAGGAUACUGGAGCUAUCGCUGUGAAGGCUAUGAUUGCCUCCACCGAGGACUCCAGUGAGUUGGUGAUAAAGGGAGCAGAGAGGAGUGACUCUGGUCUGUAUGAGCUCCUGCUGGAAAAUAAGGUUGGAAAGAAGAAAGCCCAGAUUAAGGUCAGAGUCAUCGGCCGCUCAAGUGCUCCAGAGGGACCAAUGGUCUUUGAGGAAAUCCAAGCCAACUCUGUAAAGGUCUCUUGGAAGCCACCCAAGGAUGAUGGUGGCUCAGAGAUUCUUGGCUACAUUGUAGAAAGGCGUGAAGCAGCCAGAAAUGCCUGGUACACCGUGGACUCUAGAGUAACGGAGACCCAGCUUGUUGUUAAGGGCUUAAAAGAAGGAACAGAAUACCACUUCAAAGUUACUGCUGAAAACUCAUUUGGCAUCAGUGCAUCUCUAAAAUCUGAACAACCACUGGUACCAAAGACUCCUCUCUGUCCUCCUGAGCCUUCAACUGCCCCCCCUGAGAUAAUGGAUGUUACCAAAAGCUCAGUGGCACUUGCCUGGUCCAGACCAAAGGAUGAUGGAGGAUCUGCCAUUAAUGGUUAUUUUGUUGAGUACAAGGAGGUUUCCACUGAGACAUGGAUCCGCCAUGAGACCAAGAUCACCUCUACUAUGUUUACUAUACAUGGACUUACUCCUGAUACAGACUACCAAUUCCACAUUAUUGCUGUUAACAAUAUAGGUGAAAGUGAGGCUGGUCCAGCAUCUGAUCCUGUCACAUGUAAAGAUCCAUUUGACAAGCCCAGUCAACCAGGAGAGAUUGACACAGUGAAUGUAAGUAACAACUUUAUUACUAUUUGCUGGCAACCUCCUGAGUGUGAUGGCGGAAAGGAAGUCCUGGGCUACUGGGUUGAGUACAGAAAAUCUAUUGAAAGCACCUGGAAGAAGUGCAAUAAACAGAGGGUUAAGGAAAAGGAAUUCACCAUGGUAGGCCUGGCUGAGGCCACCGAAUAUGAGUUCAGAGUCUUUGCUGAGAAUGAAACAGGAAUGAGUAGACCCCGUAGGACUGCCACAUGCAUCAAGACGAAACUAAUAGCUGAAAGUAAACCAAGCCUUAGGAAAGAAAUGGAUGAAGCCACUGCCAAGCUUGGCCAGCCUGCUGUCAUGAAAUGCCAGAUUGUUGGCCGACCUGUUCCAGAAAUUAAGUGGUAUCACGCUGGAAAGGAAAUUGUUGAGUCCCGCAAGUAUGAGAUGAGCUCUGACGGCCGCAACCACUCCCUGUCUAUCAUGACAGACCAGCAGGAAGAUGAAGGAGAAUAUACUUGCAAGGCAGUGAAUGAAGCAGGAGAAGUUGAGACCACUGGCAUUCUAGUGUUGGAGGCUGCUCCAUCCUUCCACCCCGAUUACCCACUUAAGGAAACAUAUUAUGCUGGACUGGGAACAACUCUACGCAUCCAUGUUGUUUAUAUUGGUCGUCCUCAGCCAAAGAUCAUGUGGCUGCAUGGAGCUAAGACACUGGAAAACACAGAGGAAAUUAGCAUUGAGACCACUGAGCACUACACACACCUAGUAGUAAAGAACGCCCAGCGCCGAGUGAAUGGAGGAAAAUAUAGGAUCAGACUGCAUAACCACUUUGGCAGGGCUGACACUGCAUUCAAUGUUGAAAUUUAUGACAAACCUGAUAUACCUCAGGGACCCAUUGUCCUGGAUGCCCUCCUUAAGAAUUCUGUCAUUAUCAGCUGGAAACCGCCCAAGGAUGAUGGAGGCUGUAUGAUCACCAACUAUAUUGUAGAAAAAAGAGAAGACAAAGAGGGCAUGGAGUGGGAACUUGUGUCUUCCUCCAUUAACAGCACAUCUUGCCGUGUGCCCAACCUCAUCGACAGUGCUGGAUACUUUUUCCGUGUUUAUGCCCAGAAUAGAUAUGGCAACAGUGAGCCACUGGAGCUAAUCUCUCCCAUCCUGAUCAAGAGCCAACUGGAGAGACCAUCACCACCUUUGUCACCAGUUGUUUCUGGUAUCACUAAGGAUUCCUGUGUGGUUUCCUGGAAGCCCCCACUAAGCGAUGGGGGAUCUAAGAUCAAGAGCUAUUGCCUUGAAAAGAAACAUAAAAAAGAUAAGAAGGAAUGGACUGAAUGGACUCCAGUUACCACAGAUGAGAUCAAGCAAACUGUAUUCUCUGUCAAGCACCUAACUGAGGGCAUAGAAUACAUCUUCCGUGUCAAGUGUGAAAACCUUGGAGGAGAAAGUGAUUACAGUGAGGAGACCCCUGCCAUCAUACCUGCAACUGCCAUAGAUGUCCGUGCUCCUGCCUUCAAGGAGGAGCUGAGGAACAUGAGUGUCAAAUACAAGAGCAAUGCUACCCUUGUGUGCAAGAUUACAGGACAGCCUAAGCCUGUGAUUAAAUGGUUUAGACGAGGAAAGGAGAUCCACUCAGAUGGAAAGAAGAUCAAGAUCCAGGAGUUUAAGGGAGGAUACCACCAGCUGGUCAUCACUGAGGCUGAUGAGGAAGACUCCACUGUUUAUCAGAUCAGAGCCACCAACCAAGGGGGCUCAAUAUGUGCUACAGUCUCUCUAGAUGUUGAAAUCCCUGCCAAGAUUAAUUUACCAAAGAACCUGAAAGACAAGGAAGCCAUCCCAGCUUUACGUGGGGAGGUGGUCAAUAUCAAGAUUCCCUUCAGUGGUAAACCAGAUCCUGUUAUUACAUGGCAGAAGGGACAAGAUCUUAUUGACAGUAAUGGUCACUACCAGGUGAUCGUCACUAGAUCGUUCACUUCCCUGGUGUUUGCCAAUGGAGUGGAAAAGAAGGAUGCAGGUUUCUACAUUGUCUGUGCCAAGAACAGAUUUGGUAUUGAUCAACAAACCGUUGAAUUGGAUGUUGCUGAUGUGCCUGAUCCACCUCGUGGCAUCAAAGCCAGUGAUGUGUCCAGAGACUCAGUCACACUGAACUGGGUGGCUCCAGCCAAUGAUGGUGGCAGCAAGGUUAUAUGCUACAUCAUUGAAAAAUGUCCGACCACUGCUGAGAGGUGGGAACGUGUUGCACAGUCCCGUGACACCCACUAUACCGUAAUUAAUUUGUUUGGAGGUACAAGCUAUCAGUUCAGAGUUAUUGCUGAAAACAAAUUUGGACAGAGUGCCCCAUCUGAAAGCAGUGGACCUGUCAUGACUAAAGAAGACAAAUCCAGAGUUUUACUUUAUGACAGAGAGGUUGGUGAUACUGAACGAGUCCCCAAGGGCAAAGCUCAACACUCCGACACCAAGAAUCUGCACAACAAAUAUUCCAUUGCAGAAGAACUGGGCAGAGGCCAAUUUGGCAUUGUUCACCGCUGUGUUGAUAUUAGCUCUGAGAAGACCUACAUGGCCAAAUUUGUCAAAGUGAGAGGUGCUGAUCAGGCAAUAAUUAAAAAGGAAAUUGCAACACUCAAUUUGGCCAAACACGCUAGCUUCCUGCUUCUUCAUGAGUCCUUUGAAAGCCCUGAGGAAUUGGUCCUGAUCUAUGACUUCAUUUCUGGCCAUGACAUCUUUGAGCGCCUUAAUACAGCAGAGUUUGAGUUCAAUGAACGGGAGAUUGUUAACUAUAUCAGGCAGAUCUGUUCAGCUCUGGAAUAUCUGCAUUCUCAGAGAUAUGGGCACUUUGAUAUCAGACCUGAAAACAUUGUAUACACAACUAGAAGCAGCUCAACUGUGAAGAUUAUUGAACUGGGGCAAUCCAGACAUCUGACACCUGGAGAACAAAUCAAGAUUCAGUACACUACUGCAGAGUAUGCUGCCCCUGAGAUCCACCAGUGUGACAUGGUUAGUACAGUUACUGACAUGUGGUCUGUGGGUGUCCUUACCUACGUGCUUCUCAGUGGUCUUAAUCCAUUCACAGCCGAAACCAACCAACAAAUGAUUGAUAACAUUUCAAAUGCAGCCUAUGGCUAUGAUGAUGAGUCAUUUAAGCAAGUAAGUGUAGAAGCCUUAGACUUUACAGAUCGUUUAAUGACAAAAGAACGCAAGCACCGUAUGACUGCAGCUGAGGCUUUGCUGCAUCCUUGGCUAACAAAACCUGUAGAAGAGAUAAGUGCCAGGGCAAUCCCAGUAGGCAGACACAAGAGAUACUACCAGGCAAUGGUCAAGAAAGAAUGGAGCACUGCAAUUUCUGCUGCCCGUGUGGCCAGCGGUGGUUCAAUCAGGUCCCAGCGUGGUGUCUUUGUCUCUAAAGUAAAGAUUGCUCCAUUUGAACAUGGUCCUCUUGCAGGCCAAGUUAGCCAUGCAGUGGUCAAUGAAGGAGAUAAUGUGAAGUUCAUCUGUAACAUUGAAAAUUAUGACAGCACCACUGAAGUUACAUGGUACUGUGGUGUCAGGCAACUUGAAGCUGGAGACAAAUAUGAAAUUGAAUAUGAAGAUGGUCUGGCUGUAAUUACCAUCAACAAGAUCACUAGAGCAGAUGAUGGCACUUACAGAUGCAAGGUUGUGAAUGAGUAUGGUGAAGAUAGUGCUUAUGCAGAGCUUUUUGUCAGUGGGGUUAGAUCCUACCGUGACUUCUUCACUACUCGUGUGGUUAGAAGAACAAAGCGAAGAGUUGACACUGCUAGACUGCUUCAGAAGCCACCAGAAUUUACUCUUCCUCUGGUCAACCGCACAGCCUAUCUUGGUGAGGAUGUGCGCUUUGGAGUAACCAUCACUGUUCAUCCUGAGCCUCGUGUUAUCUGGCAUAAAUCUGGACAAAAGCUUAUCCCUGGACAUGAUGACAGGAAAUACACCUUCACUACUGACAAAGGCUUGUACCAGCUUAUAAUCCAUAAUUUGGAAAAGGAGGAUGAUGCUGAGUACAGUGUUGUAGCCCGUAACAGGUAUGGCGAUGACAGCUGCAAGGCCCGCCUCACUGUUGUUGCUCGCCCUAAACCAGCAGAUCUCACUUUGAGGCCCAUGUUCAAACGGUUGCUUGCAAACAUUGAGUGCAAGGAGGGUCAGAAUGUUCGUUUUGAGAUUAGAGUUUCUGGCCACCCAACACUGAAGUGGGAGAAAGAUGGCACACCUUUAGCCUUUGGACCAUCCAUAGAAGUUGUUCAUGAAGGCUUGGACUACUACAUCCUUCAUGUAAGAGACACUCUCCCUGAGGACUCUGGUGUAUACAGGGUUACAGCAACCAACUCUGCUGGAUCUGCCAGCUGCCAAGCAACUCUUAAAGUGGAGAGAGUAACUCAUGUAAAGAAGGAAUAUGAGCCCAGUGAAAAGGAGAAGCAAAAGAUAGCUGGACAAGAGGAAUUGGAUAAAAAGGUUAGACUGGCUCAGAUUUUGGCAGGCACUGUUGUUACACCUCUCCCACCUGCAGCAGUAGAAGCUGUCAGGGAGGCAGCCACUAUGUUUAAACCUGCUGUUACAACUAAGAAAGGUGAGAAAACUGAAGCUGAAAUUAAGAAAGAACAAGAGGAGAGAAAAAAGAGAGCAGAUGAGAAAAGGCUUCGUAUGCCAUAUGUUGUUCCUGCACCUCGUGUCAUUAAUCCAGCUGUUCUCGAGGAAGAUGUGGAAAUUAAACACUUCCAGCCACUGUCUGACAUGAAAUGGUACAAGAAGCUGCGGGAUCAAUAUGAAUUCCCUGAGCCAAUGGAAAAAAUCAGGCAAAAGAGAAUGAAACGUAUCCGUCUGUCACGGUGGGAACAGUUUUAUGAGGUGCCCAUCAGGAUCAAGGAACAGUAUAAACCUAAGUGGCGCAUCUCUUCUAUGACUCAGGACGACUUGGAGACUGUGAGGCCCGCAAGGCAUCGCACUCCUUCUCCUGAAAUGGAGGCCUACCGCAGGCUCAGGAGGCGUUCUCUGGGAGACCUCUCAGAUGAGGAGCUACUGCUACCUGUAGGUGAAUAUCUCUCUAUGAAGAGAACAGAAGAAGAAAGACUCCGUCUGGAGGAAGAGUUGGAGCUUGGUUACUCUGCUUCUCCACCUAGUCUAAGUCCAGUUCGCUUUGAACUGUCUGCUUUGCGCCCAACAUCUCCAAGGAGAGUCUACAGUGAUGAGGAAGAAGGAGAAGAGAUUAAAAGAUAUGAUUCAUACAGAAUUCCUUCUAAAUAUGAGGCUGGCCCAAGUUUUGUUGAUCUUCGCCAACGUCAUGACAAGACAACAUACAAGCCUCCAAGACAGAAACAACGGGUGUAUGAAGAAAGAGAAGAUUUAGAGCUGCUACGUCCACAUGCAACCACUGAGAGAAUCUCUUCUUACAAGAGUCAACUCAAGCACAUGGAAUUUGAGGAAAAGACACGUACCUCUAGAAAGGAAGCCAUUACAGUUUCAACCUACUCUGAGAGCACUGAAUCUGAGCAUAUAACAACUUUUGCAACAGAAUAUAUUCCUAAACCUAUAAAAAAGGUUCCAUUACCUGAACCACAGGUAGAAAAAUCAUAUGAAGCAGGAAAGGCUUCAAAGACAGAUGUCACACUUCCAAAAGUGGACUUUUUGUCCAGGUAUGAGGAGAGAAAACAGGCACUCAGAUCAGAGAGAAGAUCUGUAGAGAAGAAAGUCGAGGUUGUAACACAGGCUCCCUUCAGUCUGGACCAUGCCCCACGUAUUACCAUCAGGAUGCGAUCUCAUCGUAUACCCUACGGUUCCAACACAAAAUUUACCCUGAAUAUCCAAGCCAAACCUGAGCCUGAGAUCAAAUGGUUCCACAAUGGGAAGGAGAUUCAUCAAAGCAACAAAUACUACAUGACCAACAUCAGUGGAGUUUUAACUCUGCAGAUCAACAACUGUGUGACAGAAGAUUCAGGUACAUACCGUGUAGUCUGCAAGAAUGCUAAAGGAGAAACUUCUGAUUAUGCUACGUUAGAUGUAGCAGGGGAAGAGUAUGCUGCUUUUUCAUCACUUCGCAAAGAUGAGGAACCACCAUCAGCUCAUCUGCCAGAGAUGACUCGAACAGAGGUGUAUCAUGUUUCUUCAUCCAAAACAACUGUAGAGGAAACGGUCACUGAAAUUGUAAAAGAGACAACUACUGUUGUUGAGGAGCCAAGGGAAAAACCAGGAGUCCCUGCCGCAAUCCUGACUAAACCACAGUCCUUGACUGUGGAGGAAGGAGACAAUGCUCGAUUUGAGUGUGAUGUGGCUGGUGAACCAGCACCUUCUAUGUCCUGGCUUCGUGAAGGAACCACCGUUGCUCCUUCUGCCCGUCACCACAUUGUAUCCACUCAGUACAAUUCCACCUUUGAGAUUUCUGCAGUUGAGGUGUCAGAUGAAGGGAGUUACACCUUACUAGUAGAAAAUUCUACUGGAAAGCAGGAAGCCCAUUUCACUUUAAAAAUAAAAAAGUCUGAGUCAAAGGAGAAAGUAGUUGCUACUCCCAGAAUUACUUCUCCCGAGGCUAAAUCACCAUUACCCAAGUCCCCUGAACCGGUCAAAUCCCCUCAGAGAGUCAAGUCACCUGAGCCAGUCAAAUCUCCCCAAAGAGUAAAAUCUCCAGUUUCCCCAAAAUCCCCAACACCAAAGUCCCCAACACCGAAGUCUCCUACUCCGAAGGCCCCAACUCCCAAAUCCCCAACUCCAUCUGAAAGGGAGCAAGUGAUCCCACCAAUCAAGUCACCGAAGAGGGUGAUGUCACCAACUAUUGAAAAGAAGCCCUUUUUUUCAACAGGACUCAAUGAUGUCACUGCAUCCUGUAACUCUAUUGUCAAACUUUCUGUGAAGGUGACAGGAGAGCCCAAACCUACCGUCUCUUGGUCAAAGGAUGGAAAGGCACUAUCUCAAGGUGGAAAGUAUGAAUUAUUUGAUGACCAAUGUUCAGCUCAUCUAGAGAUCUAUGAAUCAGAGGUAUCUGAUAGUGGUGUCUACAAGUGCACAGCCAUAAACUCCUCUGGAGCAGUAUCAACAACCUGCACAGUCACUGUGAAAGAAUUAAAGAGCCCUGUUCCAAUCUCUGAGGAAAUCCUAAGAAAGAAAAUGUUGCAUGAGGAAAUAUUGUCUUGCGUGAAGGAUAUGAAGUCCUCUGAAAUCCAGAAAUCCAUCAAAGAAGGUCAAUCUGUGACUCUUAGGGCCAACAUUCAUGGGGCUUCUGACAUCAGAUGGAUUCUGAAUGGGCAGGAACUGGACAACUCAGAGCAGUACAAAUAUGGAGUAUCUGGAAAUGACCAGACUCUGACCAUCAAGUGUGUCAGUCAGCGAGAGCAAGGGAUUAUCACCUGUCAAGCUCAAACAGAGCAAGGCCUGAUUCGGUGUCAGUUUAACAUCAAUGUCACACUCAAGAGCUCUGAUGCACCCUACUUCCUGGUGCAACCAAGGUCUCAAAACGUGAACGAGGGACAAAAUGUUAUGUUUACCUGUGAAAUUGGUGGAGACCUUUCCCCUGAACUGGAGUGGUUGAAAGACAACACGCUUAUAUGUGUCACUCCAAACAUCAAACUGAGCCGUUCUAAGAACUUAUACACUCUGGAGAUUUGUGAAGCCACAAUUGCAGAUAGUGGGAAAUACACAGUAAAAGCCAGGAAUAAGUUUGGACAGUGCUCUGCAACAUCAUCGCUCAACGUCCUUACUCUUGUUGAGGAACCAAUACAAAUGGCUAUUGUGGAGCAAAGAGCUUCUACUGAGGCUGCUAUGAGCAUGCAGAAAAGUUUCUUAGCCUCGUCAGUUAAUGUGGAAGCGUCCUCAAUGCAGGCCAGCAGUUACAGCAGCAGUUCCCACUCUGCUGUUGGCCAGUAUUCAUUUGACAGCAUGUCUGCAACAAGCAUGUCUGCCAUGAUGGCUGAGUCAGUGGUUUCCAUGAGCUCCAGCAGCAAAACAAUUGGUAUGUCUGCCUGCUCGCAUGUAAAGGCGCUCUCUAUCGGGGCUAAAACAGGCACUCCACCAAAGAUCGAAGCUCUUCCACAGGAUGUUAGUGCAGAGCCGGGGAAGUUUCUGACAGUGGCGGGCAUGUUCUCUGGAGAUCCUGCCCCCUCAGUUCAGUGGGUCCGCUCAGGCCGGACCCUUCCCAAUGGAGAUGAGCGGUUCCACGUGGAUAACACGGCAGAUCUCUCCACCCUAAUGAUCUCUCGGGUGAAGGAGGACGACGCCGGAGCAUACACACUCCGACUGUCCAACGAUCUUGGCUCUGACUCUGCAACUGUCAACGUGCACAUCCGGUCCAUGUAAAAAAUGAGAAAAAAAAAUCAUAUCCCCUACUCCCUUAGUCCUCAACUUUUUAUUUACAAUAAUCUUACUUGAUAAAGAUCUGGAAUAUUCUUGUAAAUAGGAACUAUUUUUGUACCAAACUUGACGUUAAUUUAUGCCAAACUAGACUAAAGUCUAAAGUUGUAAAAUGUGCCAUAUUGGAUAACUAUGACUCAAUUUUUCUGUGACAUGUACAUAAUGUAUAUAGCCGAGUUUACCGGUUAUGGGAAAUGUAUGCAUUGUUAUUUAUGACAAUAAUAUUAACUGAAACUAAAAGAAAGUAAAAGUAGCUGACAGGAGAAAGUUUCCGCUGGAACGAAUACCCUGUUAAACUAAGAAACUAAACUCUGUGCCUCAACGAUAAGUUGAAGUCUCAAGAUUGCCUCAACAGGUAGAGAGGCUCCCUGUUGAUGUUACAAAGCAGAAACAAAAAGACAAAGUUCUUGUUUGGACACGCGUCUAUGCGUGUGAUAUUACAGUUUAAUAUGAGUUGUACCAUGAGCACAAGACCCUGAGUGCUGUUUGCAUCACCCUCAUGUAAGCAGCAUGAACUGGUCUUGUGAUCAGACUGACUGUGUCAUACCACCACGAUUUGAUGACCAGCAAAGAGGGCGAGCGGCCUGCUCUCUUUGGGUUUAGAUUAAUUUUGAUAAAGAGCGCUGUUUCUGGCACAGGAUGGCUGGAUUGGCUUCACUAAAGCAACAUCUCCUGGCCAUAAGAAAACAGGGAGUCAAAACCAGUUCUGCUGUGCAGAAGCAGCGCUAUCUCUUGGAGGAUUGUAGCUGAUGUGUUAUUGUUUUUGAGUGUGAGUGUCUGUAGUUUGUAGAUGUUUCACCUUGUCAGUAGUCAGGGUUUUUUUUUUCUUUAUUCACAUCACUGAGCCCAUCUGUGGUGAGAAGAGAAGCAGUUAUGGUUUUACCCUGCACUUUGACUUUAUUGAUCUGCUGAUGUAGAACUUAUAUAUCAUCCUCCUUGAGUUUUACUGAUUUAAUAAAGCAUGAUUUCAGCACUACUAAA